CGUGUUUACAGCCCAUGAUCCUCCAAUCACAGGAAGCCUUACAUUCCAGGUUUUAGAACCCUUGUAAAGGUCUAGAUGUUAUACACACAGCCAUUGGUGCUCCAAGCAGCUCUGUGCAAGGAUCUGACGAGCUCCCAGGUGACGCAGGCUGGAGAAUUGAUUCUUGAUCUCCCACUCCUUUGCCUUCAGCAGGCAGCUGGAUACAAAUAGCACACACACACACCAUCUGAUGAUGGUAUCUGGGGCUGAACAAUAGGAAGACCAGACACAACUAAGCAGAUAACUGCAGCCCUUUAUACAGAGCUUAUUGCAGGUUCAGCACUAAACUCCUGGACAGCUCCUCACCAGCCUCAGAGAAUAGCCCUCUGCCCAUCAUCAUCUUUAUCAAUUGCAGGAGGCUCUCUGCUAGUCCAUCUUUUACAUUUUGCAUCUGUAUCAGGACAAGCCAAGGCUCCCCUGAUCUGUGACAAGAGCUGGACCAGGGAAUCCCUUUCUUUCUGAGCAAUUUCAGAAUCACACAAACAAGGUUGAUCAGGGACAGACAGCGCUGUGACAAAUGGGUCUUAAACAGCAGUUUACCAUCUUGCUUGCUACCUUUGGGCUUGUGUGUCAAACGCAUGGCUUUCCAAACCCCAGCAUUAACCAAGGUAAGGCAAUGAUUUUCCAUGACUAAUGGCAAUAUUUGCAGUGUUUUGCUCAGGAAAGGUUUAAUAGAUAAUUAUAUGUUUGCAUGAACUGUGAAAGCUUCAAACUGUUAUAAUAUAAUAAUAAUAAUAAUUAUAUCGUCUAUAUAAUAUAUAAUAAUAAAAAUUAUAUUUAAAAUUAUAUAUUAUUUCUUAUCACAUUAGAUCAGGUUAAGUAAAUGUUUUCAGUAUUAGCUGCAUAGUAUUUAAAAUAGAUUUUUUUUUUUAAAUAAUGGUUGGUAUACAUAUUGAAUUUAAAGAGAUAUGAACGUUGAGAGGUGGAUAUUGUGGUUUGUGCUGGGUAUUUAUAGUCUAGAAGAUGUUCCUUUUAAUCUCCUUAUUAACGAAAUCCGAUUACGCCUUUUAUGUCCGGCUCGCAUCCCUUCUUCAUCUGUCUCAGAAAGUCAACAUUUUGUCAAUAAAAAAAUAAGAUGUUGAUAUAAUUAACAAAUAAUACAUUUCACUUAGUUAAGGAAUAACUGUAAGCUUAAGUUGUCCUGGAUGUUUUGUAAUGAAUAAUGUUGUAAUUUUUUUUAUUUAUUCUAGAUAAAGCUGUGCACAAUAGGGAAUUGAGUGUAGAAAGACCUUUGGAAGAACAGGUAAGUUGUAAACAAUAAUUUUUGGGUUGUUUUUAUUUUUUUAUUUAUAUUGCAUAUCUUAGUAAUAAAUUAAUUUAAGAAUGAUGACAGUGGGAUAGAUCACUUUAAUAUUGUCUGUAAAUAGAACAUGUUUUCAACAUAAACAGGAAAUAAUCAUUAUCUAAUGAUGGUGAGAAAAAAACACCAAAACAAAAGUCAUUAUAUUUAGUAUAAAUACAUCAAUGAAUGUACAGCUCUACGGAAUUUGUUGGCGCUUUAUAAAUAAUAAUAAUAAUAUAGGGAAUGAAAACUGAUUUUACUCAUUUACCUGCUACAUCAACACUAAAAUAAACAAAUAGUGAAGCAACAUAAGAAGUGUAUUGACAAAAAUAUUAAUGGAUAUUUAAAAAGUCAGCAUUGAACCCAACAUGCAAAUUUGAUUAAAUUAAUUUUCAAUAAUUUUGCAUUAAUUAUUUCAAGUGUAUGAUGACAUAUAGGCAUUAUUCUAACCCACUGGUCCUUUUUAUGUGAUUAUACUGGGCAUCAAACCUGCAGGCUAGAUGUUUGAACAGACACUGGCAAUACUUUAGUUUAAGCACAGACCACAGAUCUAUUAUGCCAUCUAAAUGCAACAUUUUUCAUAUUUAUUUUUUUACUAAAAUAUAUAUUUCAUAUAACAUCUUUAUCAUCAUUUUGUCUUUUGGUGUACAUUUAAAAGAAUGAAUGGUUUAAAAAAAAUAUAUUAUCAAUUCUACAAAACCUAAAAAUUGGAAUACUGUACAGUUACAGUAGUCAGUAUUUUUUUUAAUACUGCAGAAAUAUUGGAGGUGAAAAUAGAGACUGUUUGGUUAAAACCAGGAAUCUGUGUUUUAAAUGGCCUUGCACACUGCUUCUUUACAAUGUGCAUUGAGUACGUUCCUCUUACCCAGGCUGCUAUUUUGUGCAGACCUUUAUUUUUUAUAUAUGCAGUCCCCAGUACAGUGUAAGAGGAAAAUGUUGUCUCUCAGCUGGUUGACUAACUGCAUUAGAGCAAACAUAACGGUAAGGUGGUUUAUUAUAAUAUUUCAGAUUAACUUUGCUAUGCAAAACAAAAUAAACAGUGUAGCGAAUUGGGCUAGUAUUUGGACAGUGGUCCAGUAUAAAAGGGAAUAUAUGUGUGUGUAGGUAGUUUAUCUAAUUUAAAUUGAAAAAUAAACUAAUUGAAAUACAUGCAUGUUUCACCAUUUGAUUCUACAAUAGACAAGAGAAAUAUUGCUUUAAAGAAAGCUUCACAUGCCUCUUGCAUUCAGUGUGCUACAGUAGUAAAUACUUAGGAUACGAGUCAUGGAACACAUAAGGGCUUAUUCACAAAAUUAUAAAUUGCAAAUUUAAGGCCAAAUUAGAAGAAAUGGGCAAAUAGCUGAAUUAACCAAUAUUUUGUCAGUUAUUUGUGUUAAAAUUUUACUUUUGAGUAAAGUAAAUCCUUAAAUAUUUUAAAGUAUUGUCCAGGUUUUAAUUAUAUAUGUUUAUAGGUUCCGUUACAGAAUCCAAGUCGUAACAUAUUGCUUCUUUCCUGUGUUUCCCCACUAGAUAGCAGAGGCGGACACUGUGAGCAAAGAACCCAGCAAAGGUAAGAUUGAUGACUAUACAGGGAGCAGUGCUCUUGAAAAAAAACAAGCAGACGUAACAAUACCUGCAUUUUUAUUGUUCAUUUACCCACUUUGCAGAAAACAGAGAGAACUUGCAAAAUGAUUCCUUUGUGGAUGAUUUAAACUCUCUAUUGUCCGAAGCAGCAAAAGACAAAAAUGUAAAAAGAAGCAUUUUUACAAAGAAUUUGGCCGGUGAUCAUAAAACAUCUCCGGAAGACGCAGAUUCGACAAAGAACCUGAAACCAGUGGAGUAUUUUGAUACCACAAAAAGUGGAUUGGAUUAUAAAUUUGAAGGUAUGUGAUUAAUGACAGAUGCCAGGUCUUAGCCGUGUCAACCUAGUAUGCCAAAUAAACAUAGUAUAGAAAUAAAUUAUGUAUAAGGGCACUUUGACCUAGAUUGUGUCAAUGUAUGUUUGUCAUUACUGACGUGAGUCCAGUUUCAUUUAUCUAGGAACAACGCAAUGCAUCAGCACAUCUUAUAUAUUCAAUAGGAGCCAAUCUUGUGGCCUUACAUUUUGCUGCUAUUUGUAGCGUACUCAUAGCUGCCCAGUUAUUUGCUGAAUCCUUUAAUUACCUUAAACAUCAGAUUUUCCCAUUGCAUUUUCAUCAAAUGGACGACCCAUGGCAGCGUGCCCAGACUUUGUCAAGUAAUUACACCAAAAUAAUAUAUUCACUGGAUUGGAUAUGGUGUUUAGCAUUAGUUUGACACUUCUGGAUUAUAAUGUAUAGUCUGAAGAAAGUCAAAACCCAAUCAUUUGUUUAAGUGAGGCCCAAUGCAGUAAGCAUAAUACAUUUUUCACCAUGCUAUAUCUACCUACUUAAGCACAAUUGUGUACAUGUUGCAGGAAGUUGUGGUUUUAGAAGGGGAAAUUAAUAAAGUGUGUACACUGAUUCUGAGUGUACCAUUAUUAUUUAGGAUAGACUGAAUAAUUCAUUAGCAUAGUUGGAUAUUUUUUCAGUUAUCAGUGAGUCGGGGUAUCUGAUAGUCAAGCUGAUAAUCUAGCUGAAAAAUCUGAUGUAAAAAUCUCCUAGUUGAUAAAAGGAGCAAGGUUGAAUGAAGAGAUUUAGAAAGAGAUAGGAAAGAAAAUCUGUGUUGCUAUUGUUUGCUUUUCGUCCAAUCAGAAUACAGUAUUGACUGUAGGUACCACAAAAUGUACAUGUGAGAAUUACAGACAAUACUGUGUCUGCUUUGAAACGCACACUAUCUGGUACAAAAAAAAACCAUUACAAAUAGGCAAAAUAUGUAACCUUUUCUAAAAAAUAUUCAAACGUCUCUAAUAGUUACAUUUUCUAUUAAACUGUUUAUUGAAUGUCUUUGUAACAGGGAACUGUCUCUUCCCUGAAAUUUACACCAUAUUCCCUUAAAUGUAUAUAAACAAUUUAGUAAAUAACAUCAUAAUCCAGUUCAGACAAGACAAAGCCAGGGCAAACAGAGCAAAUAAAAAAAACAAAUAAAAAAAAUAUUGUUUAAUUUCUCCCCUACUAUGCAUGCUUUCUCUAUGCUGACUGUAAGGUGGAAAGGACAGAACUUAAAACAAUGAUUUACAAUGAGCUAUGAUGGAGGCACCCAGUUGCAGGAUAAAGAGGUGUAUAUUUCUACAUUUAAUUUUAUUUUUCACACCUCACAAAUACAUAUUUGUAAGAUAUAGAGAUAAGUAAACAUAAUAUUACAAAUCAUUGGACGUGAUAGCUCCCUUUUAAAUCGACUCACUACAAUAUAUGUCCUAAGCAAAGUGAGGAAAUCCUUAUAUAGGAAAUUCUUCUAGGGUACUGAUGUAUGAGAGGCUGAAGUAAAUAAGUCCAAUAGUUAAAACAUAACGAGGAAAGUAUCUAUCAUGUAUAUCAAGGCACAGAAUAUCAUUGAAGUGGAUAAACUAAUAGGCUUUAUUAUAAUUGCCAAAAAUGUAUUCGCCGCAAACUAUUCCAACUAUAUAAAUAAGGAGUGCAAGCUGAUAUAGCAGAGGCAGAUAGAAAAACUCUCAAUUCCAAAAGAGUGGAUACAAAAAGGUCUAAAGAGAUGAAUCUCUAAAUAGGUACAUUGUGACAAAUAAUAUGCCUUAACUUUCACAGACGUUAAUUUUAGAGGGAAUGGGGAGAGAUCGACUAAGCAGUUACUUAGUAUGAGUCUAUAUGGGGUGGCCCAGGUUAAGACCUAAGUAUUAUAUCGUAAAUAUGAAGAUACUAGUACAUCAUAGAGUGAAAAAAAACAUCCUUCAAACAUUGCUCAUAAGUAACAUGCUCAAACAUGGCGGGUAGCAUUGAACACCUUCUAUAAAUGAGCCUAGAGUCUCUAAUAAGGAUUUACUCUAGAGUAUACUGGAUCGCUACUAUAGUGCUAUCUAGUGUCAGCUAAGAAGGCUAGAUCUUCAUGGAUGUCAGUUAGACUAAAUUCCCCCCUAGCUAUAUGUGGUUCUAAGAGUAAUAUCUAAAUACUAUUUGCAGCUUCCUCGGCUAGAGAUUCUCUGAGCCCUUCAACAGAUUAUUAGAGAGACUAGUUCUCCCUAUAGCUGUGAAUGGAAAAAGCUCCAGGCUCCUGCCACUGUAUUAACAAGUCCCCACAAUCCCAUAUAGCUCUUCCUCAUUAUGGAUUAAAUAAAAAUCAAAGUGAAACAAAAUGUGGUCAAUCAGUGCAUAGUGCUAUAUGAAGAAAAAUUCCCGAUGCGCGUUUCGGUGCUAUAGUGGCACCUUCGUAUGUCUUAAGCCUCUAGCCGUAUGUCUUCUUUCAAUUUAUAUAAAAGUACAUUGACAUCCAUCAAAUAUAUGCUGAGAUGAGGAUCAGGGACAGAUUAAGAGCACUGUGUGUGUGUGUGUGUAGGGGGGUAUUAUAUAAUGGAAUAUUUGCACACUAAAUAAAAAUGCUUCUGUUCCUCUUUACCAAUUACUGGUUUAUUAUGUCGAUUCAUGUUGGCUCCCUUGUCAUCUCUGAUGGAUAGGUGUUUGCUAGCACAUGAAAAUAUUGUCAGCCUUAUAUUUUCUCACAUAGAACAUCUAAACACAUAUGGAGUGGAUUUCUGCCAGUCAAGCUGAUAAUCUAGUUUAAAAAAACCUAGGUAAAAAUCUCCUAGUUGGUAAAAGAAGCAAGGUUGAUUUUUUUUUUCUCACUCAAUUUUAGCUAAAUCGAUAUUGGAUUUCAAGUCUUCACAAUUCUGAGUUUAGUAUAUAAGCCCCACACUUUACUAUUUGCUUACUCUAUAAGUGUUGGGAAAAAAUAAGUCGGAAGAGAUCGAUGCAACACGCCUCUGAUCUAAACUGCUUAUUCUUUCAGAUGAUCCUGACGGCCUUCAUCAGUUAGAUGGGACUCCUUUGACAGCAGAAGAUAUUGUUCAAAAAAUUGCAGCGCGGAUAUAUGAAGAGAAUGACAGAGCAGUUUUUGAUAAGAUCGUUUCCAAACUUCUUAAUCUUGGCCUGGUAUGUAACAUGAUAUUAUCAAGAAGAACAAAAAGGUUUUGCGUAUUAAUUAGAACUCUUGGAAACUUAAAAAAUGUCAGAUAGUGGGACAGUCUAAUUAAUUAAUGGUUUGGGAAUUAAUCUGCCUGUAUCUAUUACAAUGUACUCACUCAGUGACAAACCGUUAUCAGGCUAUCAACUGCCAAGCAACAGCGUAAGCAAAUAAAAAUCUUUUAUCUGAAGGGUCAACUAAAAGCAGUUGAUUCAUAGAGUGCAGCCCAUAUAUCCAAUGAAACACAUUUUAGUAAAAGUCCUGAUGAGGUGUAAAAUUCCCUAUGAUAGAGAAGAUCAUUAUUACUAAUAUGAAUCACUAUUAGACUAAGAUCAAAAUGCUGUAGAAAAAUGGCAAACUCUAUUGUACUCUGUCACUGCUAUUAUGAAAAUGCUGUUAAAACAAAUUAUAAUGACAGAUAAACAAAUCCACAUACAUUAAUUUAAUAAACCCAAUCUAAAAAGAUGACUAGUAAAUGUUAUAUGACAAGGCAAACAAGAAAAUGUACUGGUAUCUAGAGUUGUGGAGUUGCAUGUACCAGACAAACAAAGCACUUUAGGAGUGGUUGAGGAGAGAGGCAGUUAAGAAUGGGGGAUAUUUGGCACCUGUGAACUUAAAAAAAUCUAAAAAAAUGUGUUGUCCAUUCCAGCCAAGAAGAACAGAUUUUGUGAUACCCGUUUCCCAAAAGAGGGUAUAUAGCUACAUACAAUAAAAAGAUUGUGGUGAGACAAACAUGAUAAAAAUCCCCACAGUGCAAAUAGAAAAAUUACUGUAAUGCAUCACCUGAACUUUAAACAUUGAGAAGUCCUUCUUGGGCACUGCAGCUCAAGAAAUCAUGGUUCCACAACUAUCCCAUGGUUCUCAGCUUGACAUGGAAAUGAGCACAGACAGUCAUCGUGUUUCAAACGUAAUAUUGCAUUCAACAAAUAUCCUUAGCAAUGCAUGCUGUUUUAAACACAUUAAAAAAAAAAAAACAGGGACUGCCAUUUUGGUCUUGUUGGUCUCAUCAGCAUGGCACAAGUUCUUUUCUGGAAGGUAUCACUUUCUAUUCUGGAAGGACUUAGUUGCACUUAAUAAGUAUAAUUAGGGAGUUCUUAGAUUUAGGGAGAGGGCCUGUCAAGUGUUGGAGCAAUACAGGGGAUGUGUAGAGCUGUUCUUGUGACUAGUAAUUUUACCCAAAUAGUCUACUCAUAGUGAGCAGGAAAAUUUCCAAUAAAACCACAUUUUUUUCUCCUGUAAAUCUCUAAACCAUUUAUCUUUGUUUAUUGUCAUGUGGUUUUGACGCAGUGAGACUUUGCGAAAUUACCUUUUUAAACUGUAGGCGAGGCGAGCACUGGUACGGGUGUGUCUUGAAAAUGAAAGUGAAAUGCCAUAUCGUUUUUCAGGAUUACAUGCCGACAGUUUAUGUUACAGUCAAUGCACGAUUGUGGUGAGAAGAGGAAAGGAAGCCAAUCCACAGGCUUGUCUCAGGGGGAUCUAGAGAUAGUAACGGAAGAAAUUAGACGCCACUAGCUCUAAUAAAUCAAUUCAACCAAGUGGGAGUAUGAAAGAUAAAGGCAGCACUGAUUGUAACAUACAAAAUGUAAGCCGAACUAAUGUCUCACAACUGGAUAACAAACUGGAAGCACUGUAAUUGUGACUCAUUCUAGGAGUCCUUUCUGUACUGUCAGGAUAGCAAUAGCAAAACACAUCAGAAAAAUACAUUAUAUUGGUAAUAAGCCACUGGUAAUAUGUUACUAUAGUUUAAAAUGCACCAUAUUUGCAACUCAAGUGUCGGAGACAGGAGAUCAUUUUUAAGAUAUACUAUCUCAGAAAAAAAUAUAGUUUCCCUUAGACUUAGAUAUAUUGUUAGUAUUAGCAGCACUGAUUUUCAUCUGCUGGCGAGCAGAGAUAUAAGGCUUUGAUAUGUAACUUGCUGCUACACUACAAUCCUAAUAUUUUCUCCAUGCUUCGAGAGAGGUACAGUAGAGAAAAUGAAUAGAACCUGUCAGAGAUGCCACCUUUACAUGAAAUUAACACCGAAUAAUAUAAAUACUACGCAAUAUUAUUGUUAAUAUAUUUUACCAGGAAAUAUACAUUUUAUAUAUUUUUUUUAUUUUCAAGUCACCUAAAUGCCGUCAUGUCACACUAUCCAAGUCAGUACAAGUUGGACAUGGUUAAAGAACUCCUAACCAAUUUGUUGUUUUGUUUUUUUCUUUAAUGAGGUAUUUAAAUAAUAGUCUAAUUUAUUGGAAAUUAAGAGUGACCAAUAUUUUCCUCAGGAAUGUCCUUUCUAAUGUGUUUUCCAUUUGAAGGUUAAAAUGUAGAUUAACUAAACAAGGCUGUUAUCUACUGAUAUCUGGUUUGGAGUAACCUGCGAGACUCCCAUAGUCCCCUCAUCACUAUGCAUGUGUUGGACAGGAGGCAGCUGCAUGGCUUUUGAUGGGUGCCUACUGAUGUUUGUAAUGGUUAUAUAUUGCUUUAUUUCCAACAAUUUGCUUACAACACGGACUGUCUCUUACAUGCUAGCUGACUUUUCAGGUCAGCUGUGAGUAAGCAAUACUCAGUAUACAGUGAGCAUCAAGACGAAUUUAAAGAUUGGUUGGAUAUGGCUUCAAAAAACAUCAAAUACUUGAAUUAAUAUAAUGUUACUUCAUGAAGGUAUAGGUUGCCAUGGCAGUCAAGGCAAUAGUCACCUGAAUAAAGUAAACUUGUAUCAACUUCAGCCACCUGAAAUCAAUGUGAUACAAUGCAAAUACUUGUGACACCUACAGGUACCACGAAUGUGUCGAUACUGCAAACCCUACUUUAGGUACUUGAACAAAUCUAGUUUAAUUGUCCCCCAUAACCAAAAGAAAUGUUGUUAUAUAUUUUUUAUAUUUCAUGUUGGGAAUGUAGUAGACUUGUCAGAUAACCAACACAGAUACAUUUUCAUGUUUUGCUUAAAAAAAUUGUUAGUUUUUUUACCUGUUAGCCACAUGUUAUUCAUAGGAUGAUAGUGACAAAUACCAUGAUAGAGAUAUGGAAAUGAUAAUGAGAGAAUGCAGAUAACCCUAACAUGAAAGAGUUAGGAUAGCAAUGAGAAAGGAAUGAACUGAGAAAGGAAAUAUAAACGUCUUUCCGGGCCUUAGAGUGGCCGGACUUAACUUUAGACAGAGACAAUCGGUGAUCAAAAUACAAGCCGAGGUCUGGGUAACGGAGAGACGGCGAAAACGAGAAUUAGCUAAAGUCGGGUACAUGGUAAUAAUGAGAUGGGCAAACAAGACAGGCCAGGGUUAAAGAGAAACUCAGAGUCAGGAAACAAAGCCAAGGUCAAUACCAGAAUACACUACAAUAACUCAAGGAACGCACUAAAGGGAACUGGUAACAGAAACCACAAGAGGGCGCAACAUCUACUGCCAGGUAAAUUUAAAUAAUCCUGUGUUUUAUUCGAUUGGUCCACAUUAUGCCGGCACCCCAAAAUGUGCUUGAAUGGGGGUGCCGCAACGAUGUGCGCCAAUGGGAGCCGUACUCACAAUGCAGGCACCGAUCUUAAUGCUAUUCAGGCCGCGCACCCGAUAAGACCGUAGUGGCCAAGAGCCAGUAGUGUGUGAAGCGGCUUGCCUGGAGGCCAGAGUGACCACGACCGGCACGAGGACCGGGUAAGUACUGCUACAAUUUGGCCACUACAAACUUAAGUAGUACCUCCUAUGUCAUAAGUAUUUUGCUUACAGCUAAUACAUGACUCUUGUAUUGAAGGUGUAAAGCUUAGGGAUUGGCUUGGGUUGAUAUAUAGCACCUAAAGAUUUUGUAAAUGUUUUUGGUUUUCACAUGUUGAUUUUCACACAGUGCCUAUGAUUUGAUCAAUUAUGUACACUAUAAAGUGAUUAAAUGAACUAAUAAAGGUAAUCUUAUUUGAGGAGUGAACCUUUGUGUGUGUGGUUUACCUCGCCUUGUUUAACGUUUAAUAUAACGGGAGAAUUGCAUAUUUUCCAGUAGGUUCUACCGUCGUUUGCAUGAGGGUUCUGUACUGGACAGAUUGUGUGGUCAGAUUGAUUCGGCUAUUGGCAAUAUUCCGAGUGAAAACAACAUUGGCUUAGAUGGACAGAAUGAUGUCAUGAACUAACUAUAGUUUAAUGAGCACAAUCUACUCUUACAGAUUACUCAAAGCCAGGCCUACACAUUAGAAGAUGAAGUGGCUGAAGUAUUACAGCAACUAAUUGCUAAUGAGGCUAAAAAUCAUGAAAAGGUAUCAGAAAAUCUGAAUUAUCCAGAAGUCAGAGGAGACGUCGAUGCAGAUGAAAAACAGGAGGGUAUAACGGUAAUUUCCUUUAAACAAUCUCAGAUGAUAAAUGCAGAGCACUGUGCAGCCAUAGCCUGGAGUAAUAAUUAUUUUACUGCAGAAUGCUAUACGAGAUGUUUAAUAUAAUAGUAUGUGAUAGAGGCCAGAAAUUCAAUUAAAUGCUAGCAAUAAAUGUAGACAUUUGCUCUAAUCAUAACCCAUCUUGUCGGCCUAUUUCGCAGAGCUACAUUUUGUGCUAUCAGGACAUUUGCUCUGCACUUAUUUUUUUUAUAAUUCACUUUUUAUUAGGACACUAGCCUAGUCAUUAGAUAUGCUCUGAAAAAUAUAGCUAUCUGUAAAAAACAUCCGAACACCGCAAUAACAGCAAAUGAACAGAGAAGGGAAUCAAUAGGUCUGGUUUAGUUAUUAACCCCAUUACCACCAACAUCAUACACAUUAAACUUGCACAUUCCGUUUGAAACAAAUUGUCAUUUGACCACAUUUUGGGCAAUCUAUGUUUUUUCUCCAAAAUAGCUGAAUUGUAAAAAUUCUCCAAGUCAUCUAUGAUUCCAAAUCAGCUGUUUUGGCCUCAAAUGUGAAAUUAAAUUUGAAUUCAGUUUAAAUUCCGAAAUUAGAGUAACCAUUUCCCAUUUUAAAGGAUCUUGCAUGGAUCAAUGCCUUCUGACACUGACGAGGAAGAAUGAGGUAGGUUUGUUCUAGGAGCAUAUGUGUAGGCAGUGAUAGCUGUAUGCUGUUUUUUUGAUAUACAGAUAUCUGAUUUACUAUUUUUACAUCGUAUUCGUCAUCGUAUUUACAAUUUGCUGGGUUUUUGUAACAGCUGACUACAAAUGCGGGACAUUCAAUAAUUUUAAUUUAAUUGGCAUCUUAUUAGACCUGGAUAAAGGUUAGCUAUUUAAUAAAGAAAGUGGUAAAACAUAUAUCUGGCCUUUUUUAUAUGUUCAUGAUAUCACAUUUAAUACAGAAAGCACAAGACGAGGAUGCAGAACUGCGAAAAGGAGAUAAUGAUGAAGAAGAGAGAUACUUGACACCUUCUACUACCUUAGAAAGAAGAAACGAGUUAUCAGCAGAGGACAAUUUCGAUGAUCUCCAAUACUUCCCAAACUUUUAUCGACUUAUUAAAAGUUUGAACUCAGGUAUAUUAACAUUUCUUUUCAAAUUCAAAUAUGUGAAUAAAUACAUUUAAUUUUCAUAUAGCCUUAUACAGUGUUGUGUGAAAUUAUGCAUCAUGUAGAGAGGUUACACACACAAUCUUUAGUUUAUUCUGGUUACGAUACAUAUAUAUUUUUUUUAAUUAAUUUUUUUUUGUCCCCUACCAUUGAAUUUUUUUUUCUAGUUAAUUUUUUUAAUGAUAACAUUAGUAGCGCUCAUUGAGAACCAGCAGUUCAGCUCAUUUGUAUAACUCAGCAAGAAGACUGAGCCAAGCAUAAAAAAUUCCUAUAUUUCUAAUCACAUUUUAUUCUUGUAGUAAGUGAGAAACCAGACUACAGCAAGAUUAGUCUUUUCCUGUAGUGAAUCCGGCCUGACACAUAUCUAUUUUCUUGCACUACCAGACAAUUUUUAGUACAAUUCAGUACUACCUUCCAUGCAAAUAUAGGGCAAAACUAAAACUAAAUAAAACGAAAAUAGGAAGAGCAAAUAGCAAGGGAGCAUAUUGUGUUUGCUGACUUAUAUGGUUUAUAUGACAUAAAAGACUGCAGAGCUGUCAGAUGAGGUGUGUACAGUACAGGUCUCAUUUACGAGGUUUUAGAUUUUUAAAAUGUAUAUAUUUACAUUGAUUAGGAUUAUUUCCUUUCAAUCAAUAACCAUUUAUAUGAAAGAACUGUUAGAAUGAGUAGAUUGUAUAACAAGUAGUCUCGGGAACUGCAGACAGAAGGACACUUAGCAAUAUACAUGUAAGUAGACUGUUUUUAAAAACAAAUAAUGAAUAAUAGACAACGACACACAAUCAGGUAACAAAACAAAAUGGUUGGACAUGUUGAAGCUGUACUUGUUCCUACAGGUUGACUAUUUUUUUAUUUGCCUUAUUUGACAGAAAAUGACGCCAAAGAGAAAGAAACAUUGAUAACGAUAAUGAAAACGCUUAUCGACUUUGUGAAAAUGAUGGUGAAAUAUGGAACAAUCACACCACAAGAAGGAGUCAACUAUUUGGGUAAGAAUUUUUUUUUUUUUUUAAAACUGACAUGUUAACUGACAUGUUAACGAAACUCACAGAGUAUGAUUGAGUUGCUAAGUGAGUGUUAAUAUAUCCAGGGGCCACGCGGUCUGCAAUAUGAUCAUGUUGUAUAACGAUUGGUUGAAAACAUCAACGUCUCAAAUGGUGCACGUCUUUGUUCAUGUUGCAACAGAAUUUUUCCCUCAAAGGUUGCCAAACAGCUGCCCUCCUCCAGAUAGUUUGAACUGCAACUCCCAUAAUUCUGAGCCAGUCAUUGGUUGGUGGAGCAUUUUUGGUAGCUUUAGUUCCGCAAAUCUGUAAUUUGACACCACUACAAUAAGGGGCAUCCUUUAUGCUCACAUAAGUUAGCAUCUUCAUUUCUUUAGUACUCUUUGAUUGGCAAGAUGCAUGUAGCCAUGCACAAAAUGUCAGUGGUGGGAUAUUAGAGAAUAAUGUCUAGUAUUACAAAGCAUAGGCUCAUUCAUAGUCAUUCUAAACCCAUAAUCCUCUUCUGUAGGACAGCCAGACUCUUGCUAACCCCGUAAAUAUGAUUUAUUAAAAAAAAAAAAAAAAAUGUUCUGUGACUAGGAGAUACCAACCGCUAUGAUUAAACUUGUUUUACAAGAAAUUAAGCUUGUGUUUUUGUGGUACCAAUAUUGUAACUCAUCAGCUUUUUUUUAUGAAAGGAGAUGAAAUUGAUAUGUUUAUUAGAAACAUAAUUCGUUCGAGUGCUGGAGGAAGAGUGGUCUCCAGACUUCAUAAUCUUGUCACAGUGUUAAAUAUUUUUAAUUUUGAUCGCCUAUAGAACCUAAAUAAGUCAUACUGCUAUGGUCCAGAUGACUGUACAAUGUUGUUAUUGAUUUCUUACGUCUGUGAAUAGAUCAGAUAAAUGCAAUCUGAAACCAUGAGAGCAAUGCUCACAAUUCUACAAUGCUUCACAGCAAAGCAUUUUAUCUGCAAUAUGGAUCUGAAUGUCAAUAAGAAAACUAUUUCAGUUUUUAGCUGCACAGCAAUAUUUAAAUUCUAUUCUAUAAUUCAAGGUCACUGUCGGACUCCUCAUCAGUUUCAGAUAGAAAAUUACAAUCUAUCCCAUGACAUGCUUGUCAUGCUGGGUGAAUGACAGCAAAGAUAGUAUGUACACAUAUCUCGUUGGGCUGUUUAACCUUUGUUUCCACAUGGAGGAUUUAAUGAUGAAUAUGCAUUUGCACCUAAACAAACUCAGCAAAACAACUGCAAAUCAGUUAUAUAAAUAUUCAAACUUGAUUGGCUGGGGACAAUAUUACAUUAGGAAUAUCCAAGACAAGGAAUGCAAUGGAAUAUGGCACAGUCCAUUAUAAUGCAUGGUAUGAGGUCCAUUAAUAGUUCCAAAUAUGGUGUCAUUAUUACAGCCAAUAUGGCUAAUAAUUCGAUGGGAUAGAUCAGUUAAAUAAAAAAUAUAGAUGACAACCCAGAGCUAUGCAUUUAGCUAGAGGUCUCCAGAUUACAGUAGUUACAAUGUCACCCUAAAGAGGGUAUUUUGUGGCUAGUGGUUAGUUAAGGAGGGAUGUGACUGUUAAAGAUAUAUCUUCAUUUUAAAAAGGAUAGUAACUAUUUGUGUUGCUUGAAAUUGUGCUCUAAGAUUUUAGGGAAAACAGGUUGUUGUUUUUUUAUACUGUCUCAGAACGCAAUGAUUGGUGUAGCCAAUGUUACCCUUCUUGCUGCAUUAUGAUUGGCUGAUACUAGCUACACCAAUCAUAGACCUCUAAGAGACAGCCAAGAAAUGUUCAAUGACUGAGAUAGAUAACCUCACCAACAGUAGGCUACAUCACCCAAAUUUUCACUUAAGAGUUGGUCAUGGUCUUUUGUUUAUUUUUAUAGCAAGCUAUGUAAACAUAUACGUGACAGUUGCCAAUUCCUCUUCCCAGCUCUGUAACAGGCCUAAACAUCAAACAUCAAGCUAUGAAUUUGCCAUAUACCUAUAGCAAAUACUGUAUGUUGACCGAACCAUCCAGUGCUAUUUAAAGUAAAUAUUUCCUUAUUAGAUUGCCAAUCUAAACCAAGCACUUGGCUGAUACAUAUUAUAAAGCAUCAGAUGUAGCUAACGUUGUCUGCCCUGUUGGUUAUUACACUUUAAUCUCUAAAUUGUAGUUCUCCUACAGUGUGUGACAUGCUAUUAGAUUGCUUAUUUGAUUUUCUCACACACACUGUAUAUAAUAUUCUAUUAGCAUCUAUUAAAUUAGAUGUUCUCAUUAAAUUAUGAGAUUUGAUGUAAUUAAUUUGACUAUCAUUAUUGGCGGGUUUUUUUUGUAGUAGUAGUAGUAUACAUUGGAAGUGCUUUAUGGAUACAAUUGUUGUAUUGUGUUCAAGUUGAAAUCCAUAAGUAAACAACAUACCGUAUUUAAAUGUGUUUGUUAGGUUCUAUGUUAUCAUUACUAUAUGUACAUUGUGAUUUUUUUUAUAUAUACUAAUUUCGAAUGUUUAUUAUAUCUUCGUGAUGCUACUUUGGUUUUGUUUUGUUUUAUUGCUAGUUUUGUUUUGAGCUGUUUAUUAGCUGCAAUUCACCUGCCUGAGUCUAAACUGCAAAAUCACGUGGUGCAGAACACGUGAGACAAGCUCUUACUAAUUCCUGCACUGAUGUUGUGCAUUCACCCUGUAGCUGCUGUACGCUCCAACGAGGAGAGAUCUCCGAGGAUGUGCUCUUGUUUUCUACACAAUAUCCUUUGUUAACAACUUGAAGGAACUUCUCGAGAGGAAAACUUUAAUCUUGUGUUAUUGGUCCAACUCAAACGCAGCAAUUUCAUGAACAAAACAGUGUGCAGCACAAACGUCCAGCGUCUCCACACUCUGCAUCGAGAUGCUGAACUUUCCCCAUAGAGAUGCAUUAAUUCAAUGCAUCUCUAUGAUGAGAUGCUGAUUGGCCAAGCCGGCGUUUUGCCCCUGUCCCUGCCUCCUUGACAAUCUUACCCAGUCUAAUGCUUUUCCUACAGGAGAGCAUUGGAUUGGCUGAGAUAAUCAAUUCAGAUUAUGUCAGCCAAGGAGGCGGAUCAGGGUGGGGCCAGUGCAGGUGGACCCGCACAAAGCUGGAUAUAAGGUACGUUUUCUUACCUUCUAAGGAGGGUAACGGGGGUCCAGCAACCUAAAUGGUGGUUUUAACACUAUAGGUCAGGAAUACAUGUUUGUGUUCCUGACCCUAUAGUGUUCCUUUAAUAUUGCAUGCUUCCUUGUAAGAACUUUGAAAUGAAGGAAGAAUAUGGGGACUAAACUUGGAAUGAAGGCAGGAAAAUGAGAACACAAGUUGUUAUUGUGCUUAGCUAUUCCCUUUAAGAAUACUAAUACAUUUGAAUAAAUAAUAACUCUUUACAGGAAUCAACACAGUAGAGGGUGAUAAUAAAGACAUUAUAGUAUGUAAUACAUAGUGUAUCUUAGUCCAUCAAUCCCUAGUAUGGAAGGAAGUGAGAUACAUGUAGACAGAAGCAGAGGAGGAGGAAGUGCAAUCUACCAUAGGGGAUUAAACAUGUGAAAUGAUUUUUGUUCAUUAAUGUAGUGCUUCGUUUAAAAGACAUAUGUUGACAAUUACGAUGUGGAAACAUUAACCUUGUGUCUUUUGGGAAACAAAAGACAGGAAUGAUGGCAUUAAAAUAGUUAAGAUUAUUACAGUAAUGGACAGACACUUUGGCCACGUCAGUCUCCAUAGUACAGUCUAUUUAUAUUUCUAACUGCUUUCAAUGACGUCAAGCUGUUCUUUGGCUAAGUCAACAUUACACAGAGAGAAGCAGCAAUGGAAACUGCAGUAGCAUCGUGACCUUUCCGCUAGAUAAUGUCACAUUAACGGUAUCAAGCUCUCCGAAAACUAGGGUUUAAUAUUAUUAGUGCUAAAUGUCUACUCCAUGUCUUCGUCUCUCAUUAUAUUCACAUUUCAUCUAGAUUAUCGCUUGGGACAGUGCACCUCUGUAAGGUCUAAAUGACAUUAAUUCUCUGAAACGCUCUUGGCAAGGUUUAACUUUUACGACGAACAGGUUUACACAGAAGAAUAAACUGAUUUAUAGGAUGACUUGGUGACCAAGAAUAAAAUGUAUAAAAAUAACACUAGACAGAAUCAUAUUGUAGAGGUAAACCAAUUAAACAGAUUAGAACCUAAAACAUAACCUUUUCAUAGAAAAGCAAAUGCAUCUAUUUUAAAAAUCCCAUAAGUUCACAACCCUGUUCAUGUGCUUAGUCUACAAAAUGUCUUAUAAGUAAUAUAGUUUUAAAAAAGGUAUAAGAUAACCUAAUUUUAUAUGUUUUUAGUGAAUAGUCAAGAUGCAUUCUAUUAUUUAAAGGGACACUAUAGUCACCAAAACAAAUUUAGCUUAUUGAAGCAGUUUUGGUGUAGAUCAUUUCCCUGCAGUGUCAUUGCUCAAUUCUCUGCCAUUUAGGAGUUGAAUCGCUUUAUUUAUGCACCCUAGUCCCACCUCCCUGCAUGUGACUUGCACAGCCUUCCUAAACACUUCCUGUAAAGCAUCAACUAAUGUUUAUACUUCCUUCAUUGCAAAUUUUAUUUAAUUUAAAAUGCAUUAUCCCCUGCACUGUUGAUAGCUUGCUACACCCCACAGAAGCAUUCUGUGUAUGACUAAAUUUCACUUUAGAGAGCAGGCAAUAAGAACUUUUAAAGUAAGUUACAUCUAAUUGAAAGUGAAACCCUUUUUUUUCAUGCAUGGUGUGUAGGUCACUGCCAGGGGAGGUGUGACUAGGGCUGCAUGGACAGAACCAAAAGGGGUUUAACUCCUAAAUUGUAGAGAUUUGAGCAAUGAGACUGCAGGAUCAUGAUCUAUACACCAAAACUGCUUCCUGAAGCUAAAGUUGUGUUGGUGACUAUAGUGUCCCUUUAAGGAUAUUUUUUACAAUAAGGAAAAUGGCUAAUAGUUAAAUCAGAUCAAUUUAGAAUGUACCUGUUAAGAACUAACAAAAAUUAAGAUAAGCAGAGAAACCCUAAAAAUUUGGCAACAGCUACAGACUAGAUGAAAGUGGAACACAAUGUAUCACGUCUAAAAAUAAUUCAAGGAGAAAGGAUUAUUUAGGACGUAGAUAUUGCCAAGGUGAACUACAAGAGUAAAAGAUUUUCUUUUUGGUAUAUAAAUAUUUUAUAGAAACGAGGAUCAUACAGGAACAAUGUGGUCACAAGUAAAAAAGAGCAAAACAAAAAAGGUUAUUUAAAACAGUUGAGAAACUGAAAGCAUCACUGAAUUUUUCUAGUUUGGCUAUUUUAUAUACCUUAAAUUUGAAAUCCACCUUGAAUUCUUACAUUAGUGAAUAAUCCUGAAAACGAAUAAUUCAAAGGAAUUACAUAUACACAAAAGAUUGCGGGUUACGGUAUAGUCACAUGGUAUAAAACAGGUUAUUUGUAGAUCCAAACCCUGACAGUAUAGCACGAUUCACAUUUGUAUACAAUAUAUAAAAGCAUUAGAUAGUAUGUAAAAAUGUAAAAAGCAAAUAAUAAUAAAAACAUAUGUGUGUAUAUAUGUAUCAGUGGCGGAUCCAGGGGGGGGAUAGAGGUGCAGCACGAUGACAGGGCUUUCCGGUGAUCCUGCUUUGCUGCUACUGCACUUCUAUCUACAGCCCUUGUACAUCGGCAGCACCGCCCCCUCGCGACAGGCUCCACCCCCUGUUUAGGCCCUGCCCCCACCCAGAUCCUUACCUCAGCGGCUGCUGGAAGGAACUGUCUGCACAGCAGCACAUCUCCCACCGGACCAACAGGGAACAGGAUUCCCCCCUCCCUGACCCAAGGUAAACCUCAGGGAGGGGGGAAUAAACUAUUGUUUUUUUUCAGCCCCCCUAUGUGCAGCCCCUAUGCCCUAAUACACCCCUUACCAUCCACUAGAGCUCCUAACACCCCCUUCUAAAGCCCCUUACUCCUUCCUACACCCCUAACCCCCACUACAGCCCCUUACAGCCCUUCUAAUGCCCCUUACACCUUACUACACACCUAACCCCCCCAUUACAGCCCCUAGCACCCCCUUCUAAUGCCCCUACUCCUUACUACAACCCUAACCCCCACUACAGCCCCUUACUCCUAAUGCCCCUUACUCACUUAACACCCCUACCCCCUCCUACUACACCCUAACCCCCUACACAGCCCCCCUUCAAUGCACCCCCCUCCCCCCACUGUCGCCCUAAUGCCCCUUACUCACACACCCCUAACCCCCACUACAGUCCAUAACACCCUUCUAAUGCCACUCCUUACUAUAGCCCUAACCCCCACUACAGCCCUAGCACCCCUUCUAAUGCCCCUACCCUUACUACACCCCUAACCCCACUACUAACACCCCUACUAAAUCCCCUUACUCCUUACUACACCCCUAAACCCCACUACAGCCCAUAACCUCACUUACUAAAGCCCCUUAUUAAAUCCCUAAACCCCGAUUACAGCCCCUAACCCCUACUAAAGUCCCUAACUCCUUACUACAGCCCCUAACCUCCUCUACUAAUAUUCCUUACUCCUGCCCCUAACCCCUACUUAAGUCCUUACUACAGACCCUAAUCUCCCCUACUAACGCCCCUUAGUACAGCCACUAACACUCCCAACUAAAGCCCUUUACUUCAGCCCCUAACACCCCUAUUAAAGCUAGCUCCAUUUUACUGCAGCCCCCAACUGCAGCCCCUAACCCUCCAAUUAAAGUCCCUAUGACCUAUAGCCCUAAGCCCUCUACUACAGCCCUUUUAACCAAACAGCAGCCCCUAUCCCUACUACAGCCCCUUAUCCCCACUGCUGCUUUUACCCCCUAUGGCAGCCCCUACCCCCAUUACAGUCCAUACACUCCAAAUGUAGCAUCUGUCCCCCACUUUAGUCCCUACCCUCCAAAUGUAGCUCCUAUCCCCCACUACAAUCACUAAUUCCCUAAUGCAGUUCCUACUCCCCCACUACAGUCCCAUUCCCCCACUACAGCCCCUAACACCCAUACUACAAUCCCUAACCCUUCUACCACAGUCCCUUACUCCUCACUGCAGCCCCUAUCCCACACUACAGUCUCUACUCUAUCUGCAGCCCAUAUCCCCCCAACCUACAGCCCCAUUCAUCCCAACUUCAGCCCAUACCCCCACACUACAGCCCCAUUCAUCCUAACUUCAGCCCAUAUCACCCCAUUACAGUCUCUAUUCCCUUACUAUAGUCGCUACCCCCACUACAGCCUCUUUCACCCAAUUGCAUCCAUUCCCCUCACUACAGCCCCUAUCCCCCUACUACAGUCCCUAACCCUCCCACUACAGUCCUUACCCCCCACUACAGCCACUAUCCCCCACUACAGCCCCUGCCCCUGUCCCCCUAGCCCCUAAUUCCUCAAUUACAGCCGCUGUUUCCCCAUUACAGCUCCUAUCACCCCACUACCAGUGCCCCUCCCAAGAUUAGGCUCUGGAUCCGCCCCUGAUAUGUAUAUGUACAGUAAAAAUGUGUUGUUUACCCAUAUAUGUAUAUGGUUUUGCAUCUUUUCCUAAAUUGUGUUCCAAGCAGUUGUAUACUGCAAACACAGAUUAAAAGGAAUCAAUGUUUAAAAUGGAAUGAGGCAAAAAUGUGAUUCUUUGUUAAACUCAUUUGCAUAUGCCCACCCAGAAUCCUUUGCAGUUGUAACAUCACUGCAGAUUUGGGAUUUCUGUGGGAAAAGCAAGUCUUAUGGCUUGACUGGUGUGCAGAUUUUUGUUUAACAUUGUAUUAACUAUCCAUAGAUAUAUAUAUGAUAAUUAAUUACAUUUUAUGAUUUUAAAAUAGAAGUCUCUAUACUUACUAAAUGGAAAGAUAUGAGUUUGUAAAACGAAAAAUAAUAAAUCAAGAUAAUCAUCAAGUGUCAAAUGGCAGAGUCAAAUGGCAGAGAAUUGAGCAGCGAGCCUGCAGGGGCAUGAUCUAUACACCAAAACUGCUUCAUUAAGCUAAAGUUGUUUUGGUAUAAAUAGUGAUUGUACAAUAUGGUGAAUUAGUGAAGUUGUUUUGCUGCCUAUUCUCUUUGAUAUUCAUAACUAUUAUUAUUCAUAAGUGUCCCCUAUAUUUAAUCACUCACAUCACUCUGUAGUUUACUAUGGCUUUAACCCAAGAAUACACAUUCCCUGUACACCGUGACACUGUACAAAAUAAAAUGUUCACAAUUAAUGUAAUUUUAUUUUUGUGUAAUGUGCAUAUUUUGCACCUAGCAAUUUAAAUGUCUUAAUAUUUGCCAUGUAUAUCUUUUAAUUUCUAAAGAAGUACCAACAGGGAAAUAAUUAACAGAUUUGGGGUUGUUUUUUUAUUUUUUUUUAUUUUGAAAAUAGACAAAGAGGGAAGACGAUUUGAAAGAGCAAAUACCAUUUAGUACGAUUCCACAGAUAACAGGAAAAUAUACAAAAGCAGGUUUCUACAAUUCGUCAUUGUCCAUCAAAUUAAAAAUAUCUAAGUAACAUAGAAUGUCAGGGUGAUAAGAUCCUGUUAAGCUAUUAGGACAAAUAGUUGCCUGGAAACCACUCAUGCACGCAUGCAUGGAGCAUUGAUGACUCAUUUCCAGUUUUCCCUCAAUGUUCCUCAAAGCAAAUAUUGUCCACCUGUGCACAGAUGGCUGUGAUCUUAUUAUGUAUCUAUGUGAACGACAAGUGAACUGUUUCAGUAGCUCCAACACGGAAAUGUUCUUCAAAAUCCAGGCAACCAUUAUAAUAUCUAAUAGAUUGUUUGGUUACUCAGUUAUGGGGUCAGUAAAAGAAAAUCUUUUGUGUUUGUGGCAAAAUAAAAAAUAAAAAUGCUACAUUAAUAAUACAGGUUUAAUAAAAUGUAGUUAAACCACCAUUAAAUAAUUUGGAAGUAUAGAGCCUAUGUGCUUGUUGAAGCUAGGUGCACAUGUGAGUUAUAAAUUUACUUUGCUGUUUAUCGUCUUCAAACUGAGGAUCUGUAGCACCAGUUUUAUAUGAUUUGUAUCACUAACAGGCGGUUAACAUUGAUAGUGAUAGACAAGCAGACAGUGACAUCACUGCUAUCUUCUCGAUUUAUUAGAGGUGUAAAAAAUUAUUUAUCAUCAGAUAAAAGAUACAUGAAAUUGGCAUUUACUAGUGUCUGAACCUAAUUUAUAACUCUCUAAACAAGUCGAAAAACCUGCAUAGAAAAACAGAAAUAGCAAUGGGAAUGGCAUUUGUUAGAUAGCGUAAGUAUCUCACUAGUGAAGAUAAGACUGGCAUAUCUCCCUUACUGCUAUUACUUUUCACAAGCCAACCGCUACUUGCUGAAGUACCUGUCACUACAAGUAGCGGCUGUUAAAGCAACCCUGUCUUCUUCUGGGGUCUUUGCAUAUUUUACAAAGACCUCGAUGGUGCAUUUGUCACUUGCAGUGAGAUGGUUGUGGGGCGCAGAGAAAGGUGAGUUUUCCUUACCUGAACCUGUCCCUCCCAGCCACCACCAUCUUCUUCAUCGCAUCCUCUUCAGGAUAUCACGUUAGUGCUCUCGUCCACAAAAUACUCUUGGCAUUAAUAGAGAAGGCUAAUUUUAAGUUGUAUAUUUGAUAUUAAAUUGCUGAAUGCUGUUUGAGAAUCUUUUAUUGUUGUAAUAUGUAAUGUGAUAGCACUAUUUAUUUCUGUGUAUUGCAUAUUAUCAGGAUUUGUUCUAAAAAUGUUUGUUCAUUUUAUAAGGCCAAAAUCCUUGGCAGUUUAUUUGUGGCAAUAGAUAUGAUUGUUUUGUACUAAAAAAAAAGCUACACAGCACUUUGUACGUUUGGUAUUGUUUGACUAGGCUAUCUUUCAUGAGACAUAAUAGGCAGGGAUUAACUCAUUUUAAUACAAUAUCUAAAAAUAAAGACAAAUAAUACAGGAAAUAAAAUACCAUUAAAGUCAUUUCUGUGUAGGAAUAACAUUUUGAUGUAUGGGUCCUUUUCUUACCCCAUCAACCAUUUGUCCAGAAAAGGUUUAAUAUUUUUGUAUAAGCUUUUAAAAUGAAUUACUAUUUAGAGAAAUAUGUAAAAAAAAUUUAUAUAUAAACUUAAGCUAAAAAAUAUUAAAUCAUUGAAAAGCUUAUCCAUAAAUACUAAAUCGAGACCUUAGAGGUUACCCCUAUUCAAGUUUAUCUUAUUCCUUAACUAUAGGAAAAAUACAUAACUUGAAAUUGGAGAGGGAGGAAUUUAUAUCAUAAAACAUGAUUGUUUUUUCUUUUCUUUUUUCUUUAGCAGAAAGAUGUGUAGGUCGAAGAAGAUUAAUAAGCUUUUCAACUGCCUUUAAAAUUAAUAUUUCUAUGUUUUUAGAGCCAUAACAAAAUGACCAACGUUCAUUACUUUACAUUUUUUUCUUUUAGAGAACCUGGAUACCAUGAUUGCUGUACAAACCAAGAAUAAACUUGGAAAAAUCUCAGUACUUCAGAAAAACAACUUUGCAGGUACUUUAUCUCAUUGUAUAUUGUCUCUGUACAGUGUACAGAUAUUUACGUGUAAUAGAUCCUUCAUUAAUUUGUUUCCAAAAGAAAAUGUUCCAUGAUUAGAAAACAAUGCUUAUUUUAUAUUGUCUGGUCUAAAAGACCCCACAUAGAGCUAAAUAUUCAGUUUUAAUAUGGUUUCAUGUUGAGUAUAAACAGAUAUAAGAUUGUACUCUUUUAACAUUUUUAUUAGGAAUAAGCUUAGUUUGAAAGAGUUAGCUUGUAUCAGCAAGAUAUGCUAAUUCUUUAUGCCAUAAGAGUCCUGAUAACUCAUCUGUCAUAAAGGGGUUAAAAAUAUUCCACAAUAAAGUAAAUAGAGGUUAAGAAACAUUACAAUUUAAAAAUGUAAAAUUGUUACCAAAUGUAUAAAUGGAAUGUUAUGUUCACCUUCCUGGGCUUUUUUUUUAUGAUAACUACUUUUUAUAAAUAUAUACUUUUAUGUGCCAAUUUAGUUUUUGUCUUUGCUAUUAUUAAACUUACAAGACUAACAUUCCGACCUCUAAAAUGACUACACAUUGAAAUUUUAUAUUACUCCCUUGUAUUUUUAUUAAUUUUUUUUUUUCAUUACACAUGUGGUUACAGUAUUAACGACAUACGCCACAACAGCGUACGUGUACAUAUUUAAACAGUAGCAUCAACUGUAGCGCAUUCUUGUUUGUGGUUACAUGCACAAUUUUUAACCAGUGGACCUUACAAUUGCAACUGUUACAUGUCUACAGUUCAGGUGUAUCAAGGUUGAAGCAAUUAGCUCUAUAUGCUGGCUUAAGUUUCACUUUUAAGGCGUGAAGGUGAUUAUGCCAUGUUCUACAUUCUGGCUGCAUCAUAUUUAAAAAGCUAGAUUUUCCACAGUAAUAUCGAUAGUAUAAUGGUGAGAUACACUUAGAAGGAAUUGUUCAACCCGAACGGUCUGUACUAGCGCAGAUAUCGUGUUUACGUCUUAUUGUGCCCUAUGACUGUCCUGUUAGACAGCAUGUCAACCGCAAGUAAUCCUAAUUCUAUAACCGGGGACUGGUAGGUCCCAACUUCUUAGCCAGGUCUGUGGCUUGUUUAUUGCUGCGUCUGGGGAGAGGGGGGGAGAGGGAGGGUGAGGGUUGGGGGGUGAAGGAGGGGGGGUGUAUGCAUUGCCAUUGGGCAGUCUUGGAGACGGCCCUGAGCAACUCGAGUUCUCAUGAUGUUGUGGUAUUGUCUAUGUAUUUGGACCAGGGUUCCCAUGCGGAGGCAUAGUGGGCGUAUUUGUCAUUCAUAGAGGCUGUCAGUUCCUCCAUUAUUCGAAUAGACUCGACUUUCUGGAGCCAUUCCCUCACCGAUGGUGCCUUAGAGGCCUUCCAAUGUAUUGGAAUGAGGAGGUUGGCCGCCGUGAGCAGGUGGGUCGUUAGGACCCUCUGUGGUUUGGCGAUGGGGUCUGAAAACAAUAGGAAGAGCAUUGUCUCCGGCUUGAGAGGUAAGUUUCCCCCUGUUACAGUGUUAAUUAUCUCCCUCACUCUUUUCCAGUAGAGUUGUAUGGUUGGGCAGUGCCACCAAAUGUGAGCUGUUGUUCCUCCCAAUUGCCCGCAUCUCCAGCAUGUAUCUGGUAUGUGCGGGAAGAUACGUUGUAAUUUAGUGGGCGAGUAAUGCCACCUGGAGAUUUUCUUGUAUGUGCUUUCCUGGAUAGCAGUGCUGACGGAAGAUCUCUGUAUGCCCUGAAAGAUGAUACCCCAGCCCCCCUGGGUAAUGUUAGUGGAGAGUUCCCUAUUCCAUGUUUGUGUGUAAUGUGGCAUUUGUCCCUUGAGCUCCCCUUGAAUCAUCUUAUAAAAAAUCGAUAAGUGCUUGCUUUUGAGGGAUUGGGAGGUACAAUAUAAUUCAUACGUUGUGAACGUCCGGGAGCCAGCUAGAAGUGUUCGUGUGGAUCGUAUGUAGUGUGUCAGUUGCGCAUAUUUGAAGAUCUGCAGUGUCGUGGGUCGUUCUGGUCCCAUUAGGGAUUCGAGUGGUUUGACUGAGCCGCCCUCUAGGACCGUAUGGAGUCUCAGAUAGGGCGUUUCUUGGGGUAUUUUUAAGAAGUCAAAGGAGUGGUUCGGCAGCCCGGGUUGGAACUGUAUGUUUCCUGUUAGAGGGUAGAGGGGGGAUGGAUGAGGGGAUAUUGAGGUCCCCAGUCUCAUGAGCUUCCAGGUUCGGAUUGUGGGUGUAAUGGUGGGGUGACGGGAGUGGUGUGGGGAUAGGGAAGUAGAUCCUGUGUUUAGCCAUGGGAUCCCUUGGAGCGGGGUUGUGAAAAAGGUUUUCUCCAGUUGCACCCAUUGUAGUUGUGGGCGUGGGUUGGCCCAUUCAUAUAUCCUUGUGAGGAUGGUCGCUUUGUGAUAUAACUCUAUGUGUGGCAUCCCCAGUCCACCUUGGUUUUUAGGUUUAGUGAGUGUGGCGAAAGCUAUUCUGGGGUGUUUGUCUGCCCAAAUAAAUUUGGUGAAGAGGUUCUUGAUCUUUUGGAAGAAUGAUUUGGGGAUGUGGACUGGUAGUGUUUGUAAGAGGUAUAACAGUCUUGGGAGCGUGUUCAUUUUUAGGAUGUUGAUGCGGCACAGCCAUCCAAAAUGGGGCUUGCGCCAUUUAGUCAAGUCUAUUUCUAUUUGUUGGAGGAGUGGGAGAAAGUUGAUGUUGUACGUGGUGGCGAGGUUAUGCGUUAGGUGUACCCCCAGGUAUUUGAUGUGUGCUGCAGCCCACGAGAAGGGGUAUUUCUCCUUUAGUGUGGAUUGCAGUGGCUGGGUUAUUUUCAAGGGUAGGAUCUCACUCUUGGUAAAGUUAACUUGGAAGUUGGAUAUCUUAUUAUAUGUGGUUAUCUCUUCUAGGAGAGGCUGCAUGGAUGUGCUGGGGUUAGUUAUUGUAAAGAGUAGAUCGUCAGCGAACGCUGAGAUCUUGUAUUCCUGGUGUUCCACCCGGAAGCCUGUGAUAUCUUCGUUAUCCCUGAUCCCCUGGAGGAAUGGCUCCAACGUAAGGAUGAAGAGGAGAGGGGAUAGGGGGCACCCCUGUCUCGUGCCGUUCCUUAUAUGCACUGGCUUCGAUAGUUGUCCGUUAAUUUUAAGUUUGGCCGUGGGGGUGGAAUAUAUAGCCCCAAGCCACUUGUCCCAAUUUGGCCCAAAGCCCAUAGCUUGCAAUGUGGCUCUGAGAAGAGACCAGUCUACUCGGUCGAAUGCUUUUUCGGCAUCGACCGAGAGUAGGAGGCUGGGUAGAGUGUGAGACUGAGACAAAUGGAUGAGGUUGAGAAGUUUUGUCGUGUUGUGCUUUGCUUCCCUUCCUGGGACAAAGCCCGCUUGGUCUGUGUGUAUGAGGUUGGAUAGUAGGGGGCGUAAUCGCUUUGCUAGAAUUUUAGUGAAAAUUUUUAGGUCUACGUUGAUCAGUGAUAUUGGGCGAUAACUUCCACAGUUUGUGGGGUCCUUUCCUGGCUUUGGCAAUAACGUAAUAUGGGCCUCUAGAGCAGGAGUCUGUAGGGCUGGGGUGUCGGUGAGGAAAUUAAAGGCGUCUAGAAAGGGAUCUGCCAGUAUGUCUCUGAAUGUUUUGAAGUAUUUGGCCGUGUAGCCGUCAGGGCCCGGGCUUUUCCGCAGGGGCAACGAGCUCACUACUUUAAGGAAUUCGUCUCUCGUCAAGGGGCUGUCUAGGGAUUGCAGUGCUUCACUGGGGAUUUUUUUAUGCACCCUGGGAGUCAGGAAGCGUUCAAUGUCUGUUGCCAGCGGGGGGGAGCUCCUGAGGUUAUAUAGUUCUGAGUAGAACUUGUGGAAGGCUUCCAUAAUAUCUGGUAGGGUGUGUGAUAUGCCCUUUUCCGGGUGUUUAACCUUUGCUAUGAAAGUUGUUUGUCUGCUUUGUUUUAAUGCAGAGGCCAGGAGGCGACCGCAUUUGCCUCCGGAAUAGAAGUAGGAAUGUUUGGUGCGUAAUAGUGUGUGUUGGACCUGUGUGUUUAAUAUUUGUUGUAGCUCUGUGCGCUUUGCGAGCAAUGCCUUAUAUGUCUGGAAGACGUCCUUACUGUGGUGGGCCGCCUCCAGGGCCCGUAUGUCUUUUGUGAGGGAUGCAAUUUUAUUGUCUCUUCUUUUUUUCUGUGUGGAGGCUAUUGCUAUGAGCUGUCCCCGAAGCACACACUUAUGUGCUUCCCAUGUUAUUGGGGGGGAGGUUUGUUGGGAGGAGUUCUCUGUGAAGUACUGUUGGAUGGAAGUGCGUAUUUUUUCAGUCACUGUUUUGUCAUUUAGUAGCAAGUCAUUUAAUUUCCAUUGGUAAGUUUUUAGGGGAAGGGAGGGUAUAUGAACGGCAAGAGACAGGGGCGCAUGGUCUGACCAUGUGAUAGGGCCGUAGGAGCAUGCUGUCACUAAGUGCAAUAACCGCUGAGGUAGGAAGAACAUAUCCAACCUGGAGUAGGUACGAUUUGCAUGUGAAUAGUAUGAGUAGUCUUUUCUAUUGGGGUGACUUACUCUCCAGCAUUCGUAUAGUUGGGAGCUGUCUAAGAGGCGGGAGAAGCACUUGCGUUUUGAGUCUUCUCUGUUAGGAGUUACCGAUGUGGUGUCUAGAGCCGAGUCUAAAGACAGGUUACAGUCACCCCCCAUAAUGAGUAUACCCUCUGCAAAGGUCUCUAUCCAUCUCAGGCAUUUUUUGAGGGUCUUGCAUUGGCCCGUGUUGGGUAGGUACAUGUUUACAAAGGUAAUUUUGUUUUGUCCCAUGGUCCCCUUUACAAGCAGUAACCUCCCUGAAUCGUCUGUUUUCUGGUCUAUGAAUGUGAAAGGUACCUGUGCGGAGAGUAAUAUGGCCACUCCCCGAGUCUUUUUCUCAGCGAAAUGGCCAUAAUAGCUUGUGGGAUAUCUACUGUUCCUCAGACUGGGAGCUUUGUCUUUUUUAAAAUGGGUUUCCUGGAGAAACGCCACGUCAGCUCUCAGUCUAUGCAACUCGUUGAGGGUCAGGGAACGUUUUUCUGGGGAGUUUAACCCUUUCACAUUGAGAGUGAUUAUGCGUAGGGUAGUCAUUGUUGGUCGGUUAUUUUAGGGGUGAAUGGGGUAGGUGUCUUGUCUCCACCCAGCGCUUGGCCACAGACCUGUCUAUACAGAAAUAUUUGGAUAUUUACAAGUAGUAAUAUAACAAACAAAACAAGUAAAGAAAUUUUUCAGUAAACACUCAAGAACAAGAAAAACAAAAAUUAAAUAAAGUAUAUGAAUAUCACACACUUGGACUUAUAGCCUGCACCUGGGUCUGGUGCUUAAAUACCUAUGGUAACUGUCUCGGGUGAGAUGAUCCGUCUCUCCGAGAGCCUAUCUGUCACCUUGGUGUAGGCCUGAGGGGCCUAAGUUCAGAUAAUAUCUGGUAUAGGCAUACGUGUUUGUAUGCCCAUACUCCUAGGAGUAUUAUCUUGGGGGGAGGGGGGAGAGGGUAUAUAAUAGACCGCAAGUCUAGUUGUGGGUGAAGAGAGUGGUAUGGCUACUCGCUAUCCUGUUCGGUGUGAACCUCGCUUGAUGUGGUACAUUUAGCUUUGUGGGCGGGUGCGUAUUAGGCUUGGGACCCCUGGGACAAGGCUUGGUGUAUUGGGCUUUUCGGGCACCUUGGAGUUCAGGUGGGAUACUCUUAUGGCGUCUCUUUCCCCUCCGCCCGGUCAUGUGGCUAAGGGCCUGUGUUUUUAUUUGGUAGCCCUUAAGUGGGCAUUUCGUAUUUUGGGGGGGGGGGAGGGUUCUAUUGAAGGGGGGGGGACAUUGUGAGGGCCCUUGGGAGAUAAGUUCCCGAGACUUUCGGGUAUAUCUAUCUCGACUCUGUGGCUUGGGUCGAUUAUGGCCGCUAGGUAGGUGUAAUAGGUGGCAUAUGGUACAGUGCCCCGGUAUCUUUUACCUUGCGGUGGUUAUCGCUAGUCUGCGCUGCUGGUUGUUUUUUUAGGCUAGUGGGCACCAUGUCGUAUUCUUCCCUGCAAUAUCUAUAUACAUUUGUGUUAAGUUGUGUUAACCCAGGGUAGAAAGGGGGUGUCUAAACAGAUUCAAACAAUAACCAUAUUACCCGCCCUCAUGAGAGUCUUUGGCGUGGGCAGAGGAAUCUCCCAACUCGUCCACCUGUGCCUCGGAGGGAUAAAGUCCCGGUGUCGUGGGAGUUAGUGUGUCCCCGCUUCGACUGGUUUUAUCUCUGUUCGGGUCCCCGGUGAGUCCAGAGUAUCACAUGUGAGUGUCAUCGGUGACUCUUACCCCAUGUGGGUCCGACCCCUAUGAUAAAGCUUGUAAUAGACAGUCACCUUUCUCCAAUGCUUUUGUCCUUUCUGGGCUUUUUUCCUUUUUCUUUCCCUUUUUUUUUUUUUUUAAAUUGAAAUUCCAUCAUCUGCGAGUAGCUGUGGUGUCUUUAGCGUGCCGAUUUUCUGCUUUUUUGGGUAGUUGAGUAGAUUAUUGCCUUCUUGUGGAAGGUGGUCUCGUAUCCCCUUGGAAUGUGGUGUCCGUGGCCUCCGUGUGUCUUUUCCUUGUCUCCUGCUGCCAGCGGGAGCGUUGGGGCACCUGAGGUAUCCCAUGAGGUGGCGUCGGGCCAUACCAGUCGCUGACGUGAGUCAUGGGGAGGUCUAGUGCCCUCUGGAAUGUUGGGACAUCCUGUAUGGUGUGGAUGUUGUGCUGGGUGCCAUUAAUCGUGGUGCUUAAGGCAAAUGGAAAGCCCCACCUGUAUCUGAUGUUCCUCACCCUCAGCUGGUCCGUGAUGGGUUUCAGUGAGCGUCUGGCUUGUAGUGUGAUCCAUGAUAGAUCUGGAUAAAUACUGAUUUGGUCGUUAUGGAAUAGCAACGGCUGGGUGGAGUUUCGUAGCGCUGCCAGGAUGUCUUCUUUGCAUCUGUAAUAGUGCAGCCGGCAUAUCACGUCUCUGGAUCUGUCUGUGGGCAGGCCCCUGGGUCUUAGAGCUCUAUGGGCUCUGUCAAAUAUUAUAGUUGAGUCAGGAGCUCUGCCAAGGAUUAAAUUGAAAAGCUCAGUAAGUGUUGCUAUGAUAUCUUCAUUGUCAUUUUCAGGGAUGCCUCUCACCCUCAGGUUAUUCCUUCUCCCCCUGUUAUCCAGAUCAUCUAGUGAGCGCUGUAAUUCCGUUAGCUGGGCUGUGUGGGCUCUCAUAGUUUCUUGGAGGGAUUGUACCUGCGUGUGUGUGACAUCCCUGUCCUCUUCCAAUGACCCAAUCCUAUCACCCAUGUGGCGUAUGUCUGCUCCUAUGGCGUCCAAUUUGCCUUGGAAGGACAUCUCCAGCUUACCCAGCAUGUUCGCCAGGUCUUGCUUAGACGGCAUGUUACGUAGGAGAUCUCUUACUUCUGUGUCCCCAGGUAUGCCUGACCGUUCUGAGUCUGCCGGACUGGAUGGUGGGGAGCUGUGAUGGGGUGAUUCCGGCGCCAUGUUUGGGCCUACCCCGCCGGGCUGGAGUUCCGCAUUAUCGCGGAAGUAUUUGGUGAGGGCUCCCGUUUUUCCCGCGGGCUGCUUACCGGAGGUGUGGGGAGUGGAUGCCGCUCUUUUAGGGUGCCCCAUGGUUAGUUUAUCCGCCCGAUGUCCGCGGAUUCACACCGUCGGGAGAGGAGCUUGUUUAGCUUGCGGCCAUCUCGUUCCGUGGUUGGCUCCGCCCCCCACCUUCCUGGGCUUUACUGCUAUGGAAUCAACGUAAAAACGACACACCUGCACAUUAGGAAUUGUGGGAUGUGUUCCAUAUAAUUUGGGACGGCUGCAAUCACCCCAUCUAGUCCAGGGUUCCGUGCUGUUUUUGUAGGAAGACUGCAGGGAUGUAGAGUAUAUGUUUAAUCUAUUAAUUUGCUAGUAAAUUCUAAGUAGUCAGUAUCACUGCUAUUUUGAUGAACAAAGAAGAAAAUAGUACUUAAAGUUGCUAGCUAAAUCAUAAAUAAACUGAAAGGCCAUUGUGAUCAUGCUGAUCCCUUCUUAAAACGUACUUUUAAGACAGCUUGGACUGAACUACUUUUUUCUUUUUAACUUGCCAUGAAUGUGUUUAAGGUAACUCACCUGUAGAUUAAUGGAAAAAACAAGAUUGCCGCUGAUUUUAGUUAUCACACAUUUGAGGCUGCACACAGCUGAAUAGUUAGUACCAUCAUAUCAUUCUGAUAUAAAUCCCUUAAAAAUAUUUAAAUGAACACUAAAGUGUUAGGAAUACAAAUGUAUAUUCCUAAUGCUAUAGUGCCUAGUCACCAUUUAGGUGAUUGGGCCCCACUGCCAGAGUUAAAAAGGUGAGUUCACUUACUUUUUCUCCCUCACAGCAUCGAUCUCCUUGGGUAAGCUCCACCUCUUUGGCUGAGAUAAUCAAGAUCGAUGAUGUUAGCCAAUCCAAUGCUUUCCCAUAGGAAAUUGCACCAAUCAGAUGGUCUCUCGGAGACCGUCUGAUUGUAAUAGUGGAGUUUCACUUCACUAUAUCGUUGAAGCACCUUUAGUGGCUGUCAGUAUUACAGUCAAUAGAGACAGAUUAGCCCUUUAAUAAAAAAAUUGCCAUUUCUACAGAAAAGUUAUAUUUUAAAAAACUGGGCGCCAAGACCACUUUUUUGAAAUUAAGUGGUCUUAGUGCCCACAGAAUCCCUUUAAUUUUUGAUUACAGAUUACAUUAAAAAAGAGACCAUUUUCAGGCGUCUCACCUGUUUUGAUAACAUACUCAUCAGCUCUUUAGAGUUCAGCGAUGCAUAUCUGAAUGUCAGUCCAUCUCUUACGUAAGAUUUAAAACACUAUCCUGUGCCAUAAGCUAUGUACACAACUCUCAAAGCAUUCAAGUACAAACUAAUGUCUGUUCUCUUCGGUCCUUUUGUUAGCUCGUAAAAGAACGACCUCAAAGGACCAGCUAUUAUAGCAGUUACAUUGUAAUGUGCGGAGCAGCAUUUCCUGAAGCUUUAUUUGGCUGUACUGAGGGUUUAAAUAUCAUAAAUCCAAUAUGUAGCUGUGGUGCAUACUAAAGGGUUGCUUGACGCAGAGAUAAUAUAUAGAGGGCAGUUAUCGAACAAUACCUCAAUGUUGUGCUUGUAUUCAAUAACAGCUGGCAAAUUGUUUUUUAUGAGAGGAGAUUCUAGGAAAAAAAACUUCAAAAAGGAUAAACCUAACCUACUAUUCAUAUAUGGUAAUGAUUACAAUUAUAUUAUGUUAUAAAAAAAAUUAUUUACUGGGAUAAGAUAAGCACCUUAACCACUACAGGUUAUUGUAGUGAUUAUGGCGCAAGCCUUCUAUGGGUGCAGUCCCCCAUUUAAAAUUAGUUUUUUUUUAUCAGAGCAUUUACAAGUGAUUCCAGAGCUUUUCAACAUUUCACACACCACAUUAUGCAUCCAAAGUGUUGCACGGUUUAAUGGGCUUCAGCUGUGCCAAAUCAAUGUUAACCCAUUUAGUACAGGCAAAUCAACACGGGCUACAAUAAGACAUUGUCAGUACAAACAUAGUGGAAGCAUAAUAAGGAUAUGAAAUAGUAGAUUCAUUAGCCAUAAAAAAAACAAAAAAACAGUUGAUCAAGAUAUAUGCAGAUCCACUAGUUUUAUAUUUUGGGCAUCACAAGAUUGGGAAACAAAAAAUGUUGUUGUUUGCCCUGGAAUAUCCAUGCAUUAUCCUGUAAACCAGUGGAAUAGCAAUGAGGGAGAUUCAUUAAGACAAAAUCAGGUGUUAUUCUGGGUCAAGUGCUAAAAAUUAAGCAAUCACCAUGGAAACCAAUAGAAUGUCUCAAUAUUUAGUACACUACACUCACAAUAGCAUCAGUAUGCCUUGAUAACUCUCCUCUAACUUUAUGUGUGGGCCUUGGGGAUUAGGAGCUCCACAGUUACCCUAUUACCCCUCUUUAUAGUGAGCAGGAGACCCGUCUGUGCAUACUAUAUUUCUAGGAGAUUAAAGGACAGAUAUACAUCAUCACAAUACCCUCUAUUUGUAAUUUACAGUGCUUGAAAGUGAAAUGGAAAACGAGUAGUCCCACCAUUGCACUGAUCUCCUCACCCCUGUAUUAAAUCACAAGAAACUUAAUUAUAAGUGUGUAAUGUGGCCUCUAUUUUCUAAUUACGCCUUGCUGUAAAUCCUGCUUAGGUAUUAGUGUCUUCAUGAACUCUAUUUAUUCUUUGUUACACAAUUGCUGAUGUACUUUAACCCCUUAAGGACCAAACUUCUGGAAUAAAAAGGAAUCAUGACAUGUCACACAUGUCAUGUGUCCUUAAGGGGUUAAAGAGCAAAAAAUAUUACUAAAAUAUGUCGUUAAAUAGCAGGCUGUUCAUUUCUGAAUGAAAUGCAAGUUCAGGUAACAUCUAGAAGCAAAUCUUUUCCAAAAGCAAGAAUUAAUUAUUCAACAACUAGCAGCCAGAUAAGGCCUGACCACGUAAUAUGGCUCUGUGAUGUUUCUUAACACAGCUGAUAGACCUGACGAAGAGUCUGAUAGCACUAAAGAAGAAGCUGCUAGGAUGGAAAAGGCAUACAAGACAGCUAUGGAUUCCACAAAAUUAGAAGAAACAGAAGACUCUACGGACAAUGAGAAGCCAGAAGGUAACACUAAAUAUUGUCCCACGUCCCUGAAACAGUUUUUAUAUUAAAAAAACAACAAUGUGGUGACUUAAAAAUGAAACUAUAGACAUUACAGAGUAUUUUAAACAUUGAUAAUCCACAACAUUAAAACCAUUGGCCUUAUAGCGUGUAGGUCCUUAUCGUGCUGCCACAACAGCUCUGAUGCUUCAAGGCAUGGACUCCAAAAUCCUCUGAACAUGCCCUAUGGUAUUUGGCACCAAGACAUUAACAGCAGGUAGCUUAGGGAAUACAUAUAUUUGUAUUCCUAAGGCUACAGUCUUAAUGAGGCUGUUUAUUUAAUUCCCAUCCUCACCCCCCUUCCCCCCAAAACCAAAUAAAUGAAAAUAAAAAUAAUUACUCACCUUUUCUGACUGAGUCUCCCUUAGCAUUGCCGCAACCUUCUUCUUGAGUGACGUCAUCGUGUAGGAGUGCCUCCAGGAUGACGAUAUAGUACGAUGCUCUUCAUAGAGGAAAACUCAAGACCUUAGGCGCAUAUGCGGUGUUCGCCGUAAUGCACCUAGGAUUCUACCAUAGAGAAUCAUUGCAAACAAUGAUUCUCUAUGGCCGACCAUGAGGGCAUUGCGCAUGUACGCAUGACAUCAUAUGGCUCUCGUACCUAGAGGGCUUGGAAGCAUGGCUUGAAGCUAGCUUCCAAGCCUUCUAAUUAGUGAAAUAAUGUAUUUUGGGGGAUAGGAGAGGGAAUAGCCCAGCCCAUGUGCUGCAGCUUGGCUAAGGUGGAGUGAACUAAUGUAUAAAUCUCUCCAACUUUUGGCAGCAUUGAUAGGCUGUGAAGACUGGGUUAACUUAAUCCUGCUCAAAAACUGUUUAAUACUCCUGUGGUAAAGAUUAACUAUAAUGAGAAUUACAGCAGGAUUAACCAUAAGGUGACCCUAGGCAGCCACUGAUGGCCGAGGGGUUAGACAGGGGCCCCAGAACAAUGAAUAUUCCUGGCCCAAUUAAUCAUCCUUAUGUGAAGAAUGAUGGGAAGAGUCCCACGCUUGCAACCUGCUUAGAGCACCAUGGGUUCUUAAUCUUUAUCUGCCCUAAAAUGUUGCAUUUGUAGCACUUUUAUAGUGAUUAGCAAAACGAUGGAGAGCCAUGGGCUAUUCAGUAAAAUAAAGCCAGAUUAGUUCCAUUAGUGAUUGCAGGCUGGGGAUAAGUUGCAGAAUGACCCGACUGAUGCUCUCACUACCGAUAUACAAAUAGCUGACUGAUGCCCUGAGGCUGCUACAAUGUGAUCAGCUCACAAAAGCCUUCCCUUAUCAUGUGGAAACUACCUUUGGAAAGCCAUGUCAGAUUGUACUCUAAUAUAACCUCAUUUAUAUUCUGUGGGCACAUCUGUAUAGUUUGUUUUUUCCAUAGUUCUAGUAUAUCACUGAAUUUUAGUUCUGCAUUAGUUUUUCACAUUCAUCUUCCGGUAUGGUACGGAAAUGCCAUUUAUAGAGAGUCACAGGAGAGUUUUACUUUAGACAGUAGUCCUAAGGGAUAAAUAUGACAAGUAAACCUAGACCUAGAGCUCUAAGCAGAGCAACCUCACUCUAUUUUAGUAUAUUUGGGUAAACUCAUUACCUGGUUGAAUGUAAGCACCAUAAAAAAAAAAUCUCUGUAUCUUUGUACAUAUCGACAUUAGAGGAAAGCAAAUUCUAAUCUCAGGGUUAUUUUCUAAAGUGAGAAUUGUUAGGAAAACAGAGUGAAUUCCAAAUGUAAGGCUAAAAUAGUUUCCAAGUCAGCUAUGCGUGCAUCAGACUUUCUGGUCUCUUUAAAUUAACAUUAGUUACCCUGUCUGUGUCGAAUUUCAUUAAGUUUAAGUAAAGUUUAGUUAAUCAAAAUUGCCUUUUAUGAUACAGAUACAACCCAGAGCUAAAAUAGUUUAUAUUUAUUUGAAAAUUCUCACCUCUAUAGUAGAAUAAAGCUAGUAUUACCAAGAGUGCCAAUUCUUGACCAAAUAUAACGAGGAAUAAAUAAUUAAAUGAUGUAAUUCCACUAGAGCUGUAGCUAGAUCGUAGCUACACACUCUUGGGUUGCAAUUAUAUUUAAUUUGGGUUAAUUGCAAAAUAGGGAAGCAAAUGUUUCUUUACAUGCGUGACAAUUAAUAUGCAUCAAGAGCAUUACAUAACAGCUUCUCUAAUUCGAUAUUGUUAAACGGGAUAUCUAUAAUAAAGUUACUAAUCAAACUGUACUGAAAAAAAAGAAGUGUGCCCCUCCAUUAAUUAUACCAAGUUCUCACAAUUUCCUUUAUUUAGUUAAAAGGAGUAGUAUAAAGAAAAAGAAAGAAUUUCUCUUGUUUCUCUCUGUUAUAGACUAGGGAAUUCAAAUAAUACAAUAUGGUUACAAUGUUCAAUAUUUAAAAAAUACCCCAAAACAUUAAUUAGUACAGAGUAAAAAAAAUACUAUGUACAGGCACCCUUUUAUCCGUGUUGGUGCAAAGUAUCGAGGUGGCCAAAAUACCUCAAAAUAUACAAAAUACAAAAAAUAAAAAAAUAUAUAAAAAAUAUAAAAAAUAAAAAAAAUAACAAAAAAUAUAAAAAAUAAUGAUACUGCACUCAGAGAUUGAAGAAAAUUUUUAAAGAAAAAAUAUUUACAUGGAAAUUUUUUUUUUUAAAUAAUCCAGGGAUAUAACCUUAGUAUAAUUCCUGGUUUGGAUGAUAUAGUUAUUGUUCACAGAGUACAGCCUGAAUAACCCUAAAUAACCACAUUCCCCAUCAUGAUGUUUCUGAAAAAUAUUUCUGCGAUCCAUUUAAAGCGGCACUGUCACCAUCUGGGGGCUUUGCAGAAUUUGCCACGACUCCCUAAUGGUGACAGCGCCGCUGGGGUAUGGUGGCUUGGGUGGGGGACAGGAAAGGUGACCCAAACCUGUCCCCUGCGGGCUUCACCUUCUUCCUCUGGUAGGUCCUCUUCAGCUCCUAGCGCUUCUGCGCCAGGAGUCCAGGUCACUGCUGUACUGUCAUGCAUGCACGAGAGUACGGCAUUGAGGUCUAUAAAGGAUCCUGCGAGACCGCGGGAUCUUUCAUAGACAGACAGAGUCAAUCCCCUGCAGCUGUCACUAGUGUGACAAAAGAUAUACAGAGACAAAGUAAGGACUACUUUGUCUCAGUAUUUUUCCUGUGUCUGACACUUCUUGACACUGGGCGGAACUACCGCCAUCAAGAAAUGUCAAUCCCCCAGCCGUCACCAGUUAAAGGUGCAGGAAAUCGAUUCUAUCUAUGGCUCUGUCUAUGAAGUAUCUACGGAGUAUGCGCAAAAGUACGGCAUAAAAGCAGAAGAGAACCGGCCAGAAGAGGAUGGGUUCAGGUAAGUUAAACCAAUCUUUUCUUGCCCCCCCAGCCAUCGGACCACCAGCAGCUCUAUCACCAUUAGGGUUCUUUGCAAACUAGAGAAAGUCCCCAGAUGGUGACAGUUCCCCUUUAAACUCAGGAGAGACUUUGAGUUGAAAGAAAGCUAGAAUUGUUUUUAUUCCAAUGACUGCUAUAAUGAUUCUCUGCAGUUAUCCCUCCCCCCACCCCUGUUUUUUUCACUAGGAUCAUCUGCUUUACAUAAUUUACUGGAUUAUAAGGUUAUCAAAGGGUGAAUGCAACAAAAAAAGGGGCUAUAAAAUGCACAGGAAAUGUACUUGUGUCAUUUCUGGAAUAAACAGUGUGUUUCAGUUCUCUAUCUUUAAACAUGUAAUAAUUCAAAUAAACAGAGAAGCUUUAGAGAAAAGAGAACGGAGGUUUUAUUUAAACAUUGCUGGCAGUGAAGGAAACAAACUGUAACUGUAUGAGACAAUAACAGAGCUAUAAAUGAAUCAUAAUCUUUCCGAGCCAGCAAAUGGCAUACUGUUUUAAAGACGUGGAAGAAGGGUUUCUUAUUUCCCAGAUGAAUUGCAUUGUGCUCUAAAAACACCCUCAAAAUAGCGCUGUCAUUCCUAACGCACUGUAAUGUUUUUCAUCAGGUAAGGCGGACGCGUAUUUAGAAGCAAUCCGAAAGAAUAUCGAAUGGCUGAAGACGCAUCACAAACAAGAGAGCAAAGAAGGUAAAUAGAGAAAUCGUAGGAGUAGAUGGAACAAUGUUCAUGUAAACAAGCUGUGGAAACCAGAAAAUAAAAACAGAUUGCGAAAACAAAGUACUUUACUCAAACAUAAUUUGAUACAAUAUUGUUGGUAUAAUGUGUGUUUGUAUAUAAAUAUAUACACUCAUACACACACUUAGUCAAACAUGCGUACACUACAAGAGCGCCGUUGGGGCCAAUUAAUACAGCACACAGAAUCACUAAGCACCAGCUUCUAAGUUCACUAAAUGUUAUAGUUCUUUUUAAAACCUCCUGAUUUAAGCAAAAAUAAUGGGGAUUCAGUUACAAUAUGCGAUGGAGGACGGAUUUCCCAAGUAAGUUGGUUAGUCUCAUAAGGGUAUGCAUUAGGUUUCUAGAAUGGGCCCUGCCGAAGGAGGGAUGCAUUGCAUUGCAUUGUGCAAGGCUCGUGCGAUGUGUGAUUGUAUAUACAUAUGUAUAAUUUGUAUACGCAUAUGUUUGGGAUGUUACUAGGGUUUGACUGGCAACUUUUGGCCCAGGGGGCAAGUGCAACCCAGAGGCCCAUAGUGCAGCAACUUGGCCCUCAUUUAAUUAAAUAAAUGAUUAUACCAAAGCAAUGCACUAAUGUUUCCACUGACACAGAGCAGAGCACUGCAUAUACACUCACAAUGAAAAUAUAUUAAUAAGAUCAGCAUAUCACAGGACUGUAAACAUCAAGAUAUGUGUUUUUAUAUUUUGUGAAAUUGCUCUCUAUGACGUUUAUACAGGGAUGAGGGCAAAAAUAAAAUUAAAAAGUGGUAUUGCUUACACAUUACAGUACAAAGUUGCAUUUCCUAAAAUACAGAUACCUCACUCUAUUAGCAAUGUAUUUUUUGUUUCACCUCACCAUCUUCCAACCAAUUUUGUGCAGGUUAGGCAGUUGUAUUCUGCCCAACACAUUUAUUCAGAGCAUUUAGGCAUGCAACAACAUUAAAUGCUACUAAAAAGACUCUAUUUUUACUUAAAGGACCACUCUAGGCACCCAGACCACUUCAGCUUAAUGAAGUGGUCUGGGUGCCAGAUCCCUCUAGGAUUAACCCUUUUUUUAAAAUAAACAUAGCAGUUUCACAGAAACUGCUAUGUUUAUAAAUGGGUUAAUCAUGCCUCUAAAGCCUCUAGUGGCUGUCUCAUUGACAGCCGCUAGAGGCGUUUGCGUGCUUCUCACUGUGAAAAUCACAGUGAGAAGACGCCAGCAUACAUAGGAAAGCAUUAUGAAUGCUUUCCUAUGAGACUGGCUGAAUGCGCACGCAGCUCUUGCUGCACAUGCGCAUUCAGCCGAAGAGGAGGAUCGGAGGCGGAGAGCUCCCCGCCAGGCACUGGAAAAAAGGUAAGUUUAACCCCUUUCCUUGCCAUCCAGCCCGGCAGGAGUGGGACCCUGAGGGUGGGGGCACCCUCAGGGCACUAUAGUGCCAGGAAAACGAGUAUGUUUUUGGAGAGUCAGAAUUUACCAUGACAUGGACGCACAUUAAAUGUGUCUCUAACUCGAUUGUUCUUAUAACAAACCCUAAUGUGCAGAUAGAAAGGCCAUGACUUUCUCAUUUAAUUUUCCUAAUGUUAAACCUAUUAAUUAGACACUUCAACAAACAUAUUGACCCUAGGUCAAAUGCUUAUCUUCAGUAAUUAAUAAUAAGUCAUAAGUAAUAAUUUUGGUUUAAUUGAUAUAUCUGAGGAUAGGCAUUGCAAUGUUUACAUUUUGUUGUAGCUAUCGCAUCUAGUGUGGAUAAAUCGAACGUUGCGCAGGACUACAUUUCCUCUACACUACAAUUCCAUGUUUAGCUGGACUACAUUUCUCCAACUAUGGGCAAGGCAGUCCGUGGCAUGUGUACUAAGCUGAGUCUGCUGGAGGCUGCACAGGACCUAGGCACAGGGCCAGAGGAUGUAAUGGGAGCCUCCAAUAGAGCGCUGAGAGAAGGUUACAAGUUAUAUAACUUCCUCCAAGUGCAGCCUUGGAGUAACUCUGUAUAUGGCAUCACGCUAAUCAGGCCAAUGGCAGUUCCCUGAGUGGUCACCCACCCCUCUUCUGCUCACUAACACUCACAACACACUGCACCAAAUGACACACGCCGUGUUGCUUUUGUUGCUUGGUACUAUGUGUGAUUUGGUGGGGGUGGUGUGUCUGUUUUAUAGGGGCCACCUGAGCCAAUACACCCACUUCAACAAACAUAUUGACCCUAGGUCAAAUGCUUAUCUUCAGUAAUUAAUAAUAAGUCAUAAGUAAUAAUUUUGGUUUAAUUGAUAUAUCUGAGGAUAGGCAUUGCAAUGUUUACAUUUUGUUGUAGCUAUCGCAUCUAGUGUGGAUAAAUCGAACGUUGCGCAGGACUACAUUUCCUCUACACUACAAUUCCAUGUUUAGCUGGACUACAUUUCUCCAACUAUGGGCAAGGCAGUCCGUGGCAUGUGUACUAAGCUGAGUCUGCUGGAGGCUGCACAGGACCUAGGCACAGGGCCAGAGGAUGUAAUGGGAGCCUCCAAUAGAGCGCUGAGAGAAGGUUACAAGUUAUAUAACUUCCUCCAAGUGCAGCCUUGGAGUAACUCUGUAUAUGGCAUCACGCUAAUCAGGCCAAUGGCAGUUCCCUGAGUGGUCACCCACCCCUCUUCUGCUCACUAACACUCACAACACACUGCACCAAAUGACACACGCCGUAUUGCUUUUGUUGCUUGGUACUAUGUGUGAUUUGGUGGGGGUGGUGUGUCUGUUUUAUAGGGGCCACCUGAGCCAAUACACCCAUGACUAUGUACCACCAUUUUUCUUAUCUGUGUCAUUGCUCUGUGCUUCCUCUGUUUGCAGCAUUGUUCAACUUUUCACACAGUUUUCUGAGAUAUUUGCUACCUGGGUCAUCCCUACUGCCUACUUACAUCGGCACCACUGCUCUCCCUUGCUUACUCGCGAACCACAUUCAGCAUGAGGGCCACAGUAUCGUCCAUUUAUUGUGGGCAUCCGAUAGGCACAGGUUGCCACCCAGCCCAGUCUGGUUGUUACCAUACUUGUGUGAAUUAUCCCAUAGAAGGUACAUACCGCUCUUAUGAAUGGGGUGCCCUAGUCUGAUGCUGCCCGCUAUCUAGGAUUUCAGAAAGCAGGUUAGAGCAAUCCCGCACUGGCGCACAGACUUUGAGGUUAAAAUGUUCGUGAAUGGUGAGCCAGCAGAAGAGACCUUUCUAUGAAGUUGUUAUUUAGCAUUUAACAGGUGGUACCAAACUUUAAGAGUGUCAUAGCGACUAAUAAAGCCUGUGAUAGCAAAACAUGUCUUGUUUUUUUAUAUUAUUUGUAUGCAUAUUGGUUACCCCCUAUUUAUUUUGGAAAUGGUAAGCAUGGUAUGUUUUUCCUCUGUAGACAUAUGCCACUGUAUCAUAGAUCAGAAAUAUUAUUAGAGGUCUUACCCAGGAAGCACGAGUACACACCAGGAGCAAAAAUGCACAUCAGAGACAAUAAUUGCAUUCUGCAGGACAGAUACAAACCAACUUUGCUCCCUUGCAGGACACAUUGCCAAAUCUGAUUAAACUAGAGGCUUUUGCAUACACCCCAUAUGCCAUUUGUCAUCACUAUAGGGAGAGAGUUAAGAACAGAUUUCUCAUGAUUAAAAGUGGAAUGCCCAGGUAGUCACCUUAUAUAAGUGCUGUUUAUUAGACUUGUGAAUUCAUUUUGUCCCAAACUGCAAUUUUGUCAGCAUUUUGUACUAUAGACGGUUCAUCGCACUUGUGUAAUUAUGAACUGUCGUAUAAUUCUAAUUACAAUUAUUUAGAUAGUGCCAACAUUCACUAAAUACUGACUUUAUUCACAGAUUAAAUGAGAAGUGACCAGUAAAGGGGGGGGGGGGGAAUCUAUAUUUAGAUUCUUAUACGUGAUAAAUGUAAUAAUUGUAUAAAAUAGAAUUAUAGAUCUUUUAUAGCUCUUUUUCGCCUCUAUAGAUUACUACUUCUGUGAACCAAAUGGCAGGAAAACGCACUUAUCAGUGUAUUGGAAAAUAUCUGUAUAAUAUUUAUAGUAAUAAUAAUAUUAUGUAUUUAUUUUGCUGUACACUGAAUGGCCCAUUUUUGCACCCUUGAACUGUUUUUUCAAACCAUUUACAUGGACAAAAUUCAGACCAGCAAACCAGACACAUGGACAAUAUUUGGUUGACAGAUUUUAUUUAUUUAUUUUUUUCUGACAAAAUGAUUUGUCUGAACAAAAAUGAUGCGCCACACACAAACUCUUUUGUGGCUUUAUGGAUCCUAUGUAGCACGGUCAUCUUCUUAAGGAGAGAGUUUAGGUCAGACCCCUGGUAACAAAAAAUGGGUACACCCAAGCAGCAAUUCUUGCAUAUGUGCUGUGUCCUGGGCCUUUAGAGAAAAAAAGCCGAACCCUGCAAAAAAAUUUGGCCAAAAAAGCAUAAAAUAAAAUAAAACCAUAGAAUGCUAAAAAGGCUCCUUAGGUAGGAAGUAGUUUAAUUUAUACUAAUUUCAGAUUUAUUUUUCUUGCCUUUUCUGCUGGGAGGAGAGAAACUAAUUGGUUAAAGGAAAACUCAAAGCACCAUAACCACUAACCACAAAUGAUGUAGUGGUUAUGGUGCCAAGAGCACCCUAGCACUAGCAAACAGGAGCUUUUUUAAGCCCUCCUAAACAAAACGUAGCAGUGCGUGGCUAGCUUAUUGGCUGAGAGUGUCAGCUAUUCACUCUCAGCCAAUGAGCUAAGCUCUGCACUGCCAUGCUUACGGCUGUCUGUCAGAAGUAGUAAAGGCACAGAGUGGCGCCUGGCAGACCCCAGAUAAGAAGCCAAACUGUUCUAAAACAGUAUGACUACUUAAAAUGGGGGCAGCAAGGAAGUCUUGCCACCAUAACCACUGUAGUGUAAUAUAGCGGUUUUAGUGCUUGGAGUGGUCCUUUAAUACUGCCAUGAAUUAAUCAGGAAAGGUCCUUUUAGAGUGCAAAAUAGUAAUAUAAAUUGUUUAAUGAUGAUGUAAAGCAUUGCUUACAACGUAUGUACACUGACAAUUGGAAAAACGAUUCCACUCAAUUUAAAUUGGGUUUGAAGUUCAUUAGCUUAAAUUAACUUAACAUGCCAUGAUGAUGUGAUGGCAAGAUCUAUCAUGCUCUAAUUCUUCUUGUCACAUGUCUUCUAGUGAUCAAUCAAGCUGAAUUCUAGUAAUUAAUCAUAUUGCAUGCUACUAGGGGCAAUUUAUAUGAAUCUUAUUACUGCAAAAGUAUGUCUUUGUGGUCUGCUGGUUUAUACUACUGGUGUUGAAAAGGAGAAAUAGAUCUAAUAAAUCUAAAUUAUAUGAAUGCUUGUUUGUACAUUGCUACAGAUUGGUGAAUUGUGUCAAAUUGGUCAAAAGAUAUGUAAUACUGUGUAUAUUAUAAUUAAAUGUUGCAAUCUGUUUGUUAAAGCACUGCAACUCACUGUUAAAGGAACCUUUUUUAAAUUGGAUGUCAAUGAUAGGCAGAGGGCUGGAGCGCUCCCAUGCUACCAUUUCUUUCCACUCAAAGUUAAAUGGGCAAAUGCAGAAGUUCACUUCUUCAUUAACUGAGUCUCAGCUGUGGGACAGAGCAGUAGGCAUUCUGGGAGACAUCAAAAUGCUCAAAAAUCUUUGAAAACAAACAGGGCGGUUGGCAACCAAAAGCUCUUUGCAUUUUGACCUCUACUACAAGCUAGAGUGAUUGUUUAUAGAGUGCCCCCUAUAUGUAUUUAUUACUGGUAUUUAUAAAGCAUCAGCAUAUUCCGCAGCGCUGUAAAAUUAGGGGAGAACACACAAUAUGCACACACAAAUACAAAACAUAGAGAGGUCCCUGACGUAUUCUAUAGCAGAAGUUAACUUGAAUUAAAAUGCAUUUAUUAUUGUCUUUUUAUGUUUCAGAUAAUGAUCUUUCCAAAUUGAGAGACUUCAUUAACCAGCAAGCUGAUGUCUACUUACAAAAAGGAAUUCUGGACAAGGAAGAAGCUGAAGUCAUUAAACGUAUUUACAGCAGCCUUUAAAAAGAAGAAAAAAGGGAACUUUUUCCUACUGUGGACAAAUAUGCUUUAGAUUUAGAAUAUUCCACCAUGAUCAGAAAUCAACUCUUUCCCAUGUGUCAUUAGAGAAUACUCUGCUCCCAGUACGUCAACCUAAUGUUUAGGUGCAAGGGCCUGUUAGACCAGUGCAGUGGCCAUCGUUGCCCCCUUUGUGUUUUUAUGUGUACAAUCUCAACAGUAAACAGAGAAUUUAAGGAUAAUAUGCCUUCUUCUCAAGAAGGUGUCACAGAUAAGCCUUUGACCAGUUACUGUAAUAUCACAUAACUGAUAUCUCUCAGCUAUUAUAUAGAAGAUAAAUAAGCCAUAGUAAUAUAUGUCAGCCUCUCUUUCUUCCCAAGAGACAGAUAAGUCAAGGCAGUCAAUGAAUGGCAACAUCCAUGUACUCUUGUGAUCAUUGAAAUUAAAAGAUAAAAAGGAAACUGACAACAAUAGCCAACAAAAGGCAAUGUAACUCCAUGGGUAUUUAGUAUGGGCUUCUAAACUAAUUCUACCUCCCACUGAAAUGUAGUAGAGCUUUUGGACAGAGAUAAGACUUUCUCGAAAGACUGCAGCAUUAUCUUAGAUGGCACAUUUUGGAGCUUAUAUGGUAUAUUAAUGAAAGAACUGAAUACACUAAUACACUUGGUAUUCCUGGAUACGGUAUUAGAAUUUCCUUAAUGUGAAUAUGUUUGCACUUAUUGGUAUUGAAGCUGCAUUUAAAAGACAUUGAUGAUGUUGACAGUGGGUCAGGCUUACUUGCAGGCUCUCCUGAGUACAGAACUUCUGACUACAUCCAUUCAUCGACCUUUCCAUUAACAAAGAAAAACCUCUCAGAUGGCAUAGUGUAGCAUUAUGCAGGUUCUAUAUCAUGUAGAAUAGAUUUUAUUAGUGUUUAUUCUAUGAAUACCCACCAAGCUCGCACACAUAGAAACCACUUAGAGGUGUCAUAAGCACAUGCCCAUAAUGUUUUAUGUGGAACCUUAACUUACUGAGAGUGGAUGUGCCAUACUUGCGGCCUAUUUCAGAUAUUUUGCAGUUCAAAUAGGAGAUAAGAGUUGCUUUCAUGGUGAAACAUUUUCAUACAAAUCUAAAUUUUGGAUGUCAUUAUCAGGCUCAUGGUCACUGCAGCUUCCAACGUUUAGCACCUCUCAUCUACAGUGUAAUAGUUUGUGCUCUGUCACUUUGCAGAUUCUGUUUUUAAAUCAAUCAUCUUCUGUCCCUCUAUUUCUUCUUUUUUUUUUUAUUCACUUUAGUAUUUUAGUUAUGCAUAGGCAAAUGUAGGAAUUACCUUCUUUUUUUUUAUGGGGAGCAUGAUCGUGUGUAAUUUUUGGGAAUAGACGGAACUUGAGCAAAGUUCCAUUUCAGUUGCUAAGUUACUUAAGCCACAAUCCACCAGUCAAAAGAAUCCCACAGUUGCUCAAACGGCAGACAUCAUGGACAAUGGAAAACAAAAUGGAGGUGCUCAGGUAUAGAGAUCCAGCACAAGUAAGAAAAGAUAAAUAUAAAUAAAGGCACGUGGUGGUGAUGGUGGGGUGUAAUCAUUAAGAUGCAAGGGGUAUAAGGAAAGGAAAAAAAAAAAACCAUAACAUGGUUCCUGCUAUGGAUAGGCACUAGGGUGGAUUAUGUUGCCAAGUGAAGAACUCUACUAUCAUCUGAUUUAAAAUAAUUUCAAGUAGACCAAUCAGAAUGUGGCUAAGCAGGUAUCCAAUUGUUUUACAAAAGGCUCUGGCUACUUUUUCUAAAAUGCAGAGUAAAGGCUCAUAAUUUGGCCAGAAACUGUUGGUCACACAAUUAGAGAAAUUAACUAUUUAUUGCAGAACUCACUGCUUAAUUGACCUGCUUCAAAUAUUGGACUAUGUGGUAUAAAAUCAGACAGGUAAACAUGCAAGUAAUGACUGAGUAUAUUACAUAAAAAAUGAUGGUUUCAAAUAUUUCAAAGUGAUAGGAAAAUCAGUAUUUUAAAACAAAAUUAAGAAUUUUACCUGCCUUAUAAAUAACUUCUAAUUUUUUUAUUACACUGUAAUAUGCAUAACAUAAAUUGAUUAAACAUAAGCUACAAGUUCCCAGUAUCAUUGUUCUUGAGUUUCUUUAUAUUUAUUUUUGCCCAUGGGCUAUCAGUAUUAAAAUACUAUUGCUUUGUAAUUCCUUUGGCUUUAGUGCAAAAAA